UCGAACUUUUUUCCCAAGGGAGAUUAAGAGAGGUCUGCUUAAGCUAUCUAAUCAUUUCUAUUACUUUAGUUUUCCAAGCCGGUUGUAGCGAGACAAGCUCGCUGACUUUUUUAUUUUAAUUUACAAAGUAUUGAAAGACUAACCGACUGUUAGAGGAAUACUUUACAGAUAUAUAAAUUUUUUUGACUGCGCUGAUUCUAUAAGACCAAAAGAAUCACACAGUCCAUCAGAGAUAAUGGCAGGGAUUGAGUUUCAUCCACCACGCUUUACUCUCCCUUUGAAAAGCAAUCAAUGUGACGAAGGAGGAACUGUUAGGUUUGAAGCUGUAGUGACAGGAUUUCCUAUACCCGCUGUCACUUGGCUUCAUAAUGGAAAUGACGUCACAAACUCGAUAAACUACGAGAUAUCAGCCGACGCCAGCGGAAGAUGUGUGCUAAAUAUUCCGGAAGUAUUUGAUGAGGAUGCUGGCAUAUUCACAUGCCAUGCUAUCAACGGAGCUGGAGAAGCGGAUACAUCGGCUGAAUUUGUUGUAAAAACUAAGACAGUGGCUCCGUUGUUCAAGCAACAUCUAGCUAGUAUAUCAGCUAGACAAGGACAGUCUGUUCGGUUUGAAGUGAAAACAACAGGAUUACCCGCACCUCGUGUCAAAUGGUAUCGCGAGGGAGCUGAGAUCCGACAUUCAGACGACUUUCGUAUCGUGAGUGCUGGUGACACACACAGUCUUACUAUAACAGAAGCUUAUGAAGAGGACACCGGAAGAUUUACGGUUACUGCUGCCAAUAAUGCUGGAAAGGCUACUUCGACCGCUAUGCUGACAAUUUCAGGUGAGGGAUCUGUCGCAAGCAGUGUCGAAGCUUCGCCAACAGUAACACAAGUUAUUGAACAAAAGAAACUCGCUUAUCAGGCCGAGCGUGGACGCUCUGAAACGACCACAGACGGCCCAUCGGACAGUGACUUCGUGCAAACGCCGGCUGCUGCGUCAAGCUCAAUGCGAACGCCGCCAAAUGUUUCACCCAAACCUACACGGAAACAAAGCCCAUCUCCUAUACGGAAAGUCAGAAUGAGUCCACCAAGGAUGCAUCCUGCCUUGGGUUCUCAGCAAUCACCUUUACCGCGUCGUCAAAUAAGAAGCGUGAAAGCACCGACUCCUUCACCCCCUCGUGGGGCUGGCGUACGGCUUGCUGCAACCGGUACUGACGGAAAACUGCAAGAACAACAGGUAAUAAAUUCUUCAGUACAUUCUGCUUCUAAAAGCGCUGCAGUAGCGCAAAACAGCAGUGUAGCAGUAGUUCAGCAGAAGGCUAGCCAGGCUCAUUCUCAGUUCAAAGCAGCACAGAGUUAUGAAAAAAUGGAAGUAUCUCAGUCUUGUGCUAGUGUAUCGCAUGGCGAACAACACGAAAUUCAGCACAUGGAAGUAGAUCGGAGUGAACAUAUGACGUCACAACAAACAUCGAUGAUGUCACAUCAGGCUUCAAUGACGUCACAUAUUACAUCUCACUCAUCGUCAUCAAUUCAAUCAUGCGGAUAUACUGAACAAGCUGCACAGUUGACGUCACACCAAUCAGUGAUGUCUUCUCAGGAUUGUGUUGAUUCUUCGCAGCUACAAGACCACUCAUUUAAUGUCACGCAACAACAAACGUCAUCCAAAAUGGCGUCUCAUGCGUCAUCACACAUUUCGGAAUCGUCAUCAAACGCUUCUGCGUCAUCAAACAUGGCCAUUGCAUCAUCAUCGUCUCAGUCAUCUACGACAAAACCACCUUCCUAUUCCUCCACUGCCAAUGCUCCUGUCCCCGCUGCUCGCCCACCUAAAGUAGCCCCCCCACCUACCCUUCCAUCCUUGCCACCAAGCAUUGAUUACUGCAACAAUCCGAACCGAACUAUACCUGGUGUAAGACGUGUAAGACCGUCGUCAGCUUCAAGGAAGCGCCCAUUGCCAACGAAAAACCUUCCUGCACCAUCAAACACUACUUCUGAAACGGAGAAAACAUCACUCAUUGCAUCUGCAUCAGCCACAUCUAUGGCGUCUGUGAAAUCACUAUCCGCUACUUCUAUCACCGAAGAAAAGACUGAGAUCGUUACAGCUAUUUCAGAACAAUCUGAAUCCGUUACAGCGAUUUCAGAAAAGUCUGAAUCCGUUGCAGCUAUUUCAGAACAAUCUGAAUCCGUUGCAGCGAGAGCAGAAAAACUUGAAAAAAAGAUUUCAGCUGAGUUUAAAAAUAAGCUUGAAAUUGAGAAAAGCUCGAAAAAACUAAAGACAACUAUUGAGGAAACUGCCGUUUUUCCACCAUUCUUCAAACUUCCUGCCAAGAACGUUGAAGUAGUGGAAGGAGAAAUGUCGCAAUUUGAAUGUCACGUGAUUGGAAACCCUACACCUACCAUUAAAUGGUAUCGCGAAGGUGCACUGAUUCAAAGCUCACCGGAUUUUCUUAUAACGUUUGACGGACAAAUGAGCACACUGCUUAUUCGUGAAACCUACGUUGAUGAUGCUGGGAUGUUCACUUGCACUGCUCAAAAUAAAGCUGGAAGCAGCUCAUGCAGUGCCCUCCUGACUGUCAAUGUCCCUGAAACAGAGGACGAAGCCGGACCUUCCUAUAAACCUGAAGUUGCUCGAUCCAUAUCGGAAACUGAAUUAUCUAUGACUGACUAUGAAGGAUUUGAAAGCACUGAAUUGGACUUCGUUUCUGGGGUAUCUGACGUAGAACUUACCGACACGGAAUUUGUGAAACCUUCUGCAUCAGCUGUUGCCCAUCACCACCAUCUUGACGCGACUGAUGGACAACUGGCAAAAAAAUUAUCACCUGUAGCUGAAGAAUCUUCUGUCACGCCUUCAGGAAAGCAAUCCUCCAGACAAUCCUCAAUUGCACCCGGCACUCAAACUAUCAGUGGUGCCGCUCCCUUGCUCGUGAGUUCCCCUCCAAGUCAAGUGAGACUCGAAGAAGGUGGAUCACUCAGACUGUCUUUCGUUAUUUCUGGCUCUCCGCCUCCCAAUGUAACUUGGGCAAAGAAUGGAAAAGCCAUUGAACACGGAUUCAGAUUUAAACUGGAAGAGGAUAUUUUAAAACAUACAUUUACCAUGUAUGUUGGAAUGCUAUUUCCCGAAGAUGCCGGUGAAUACACUAUCACAGCUACAAACAGAUUUGGAUUUAUACGCGGGACUGUACAACUACUAUCGGAAGAUGAAUACAAAAUGCAUCAAGAAAACACUCACGCAAUUCAGCAGCAGACUUCUGUUCCUGGCAGAACAUACACUGCACAGCAUACGUUAGCUCCGUCUCAACCAGUUGCAAGGGGUCGUGGAGAAGCUCGUCAUCUGACACCUACAAGUAAGAAGGCAGUUUCUCCUGGCAGUGCUCGGAUGUCGAGCCUUAGUCCUGGAAGAUAUGACGUCAGUGACAGAAGAUCGGUUUCGCCUUCUAAGAGACUUGACGAAGUUGAUGAAUUGGAUAUUGAAAAAUAUUUCAAGCCUAGAUUUCUUCGUAAAACGGAAUCUACUGAAUGUAAUGAAGGAACAGCAACUAGAUUGGAUUGCAAAGUCACAGGAAGACCUUUACCUGAUGUCAUGUGGUAUCAUAACGGUGCCCUGAUGCACGAAGAUUACAGCCAUCGUGUUGUAGUGAAAGAAGAUGGAGUCAGAUCUCUGAUUAUAUCUCCUGCUACUCCACGAGAUGGAGGGGAAUACACUGUCGUUGCUCAUAACAAAGCUGGAAAAGCUGUUAGCAGUGUCACCUUGACCGUUAUACCUAAGGAAGGUACUGAGCGACCACGUAUACUAGAGAAGCCGCAGAGCGUAAACGUGAACGAAGGUGACAUGGUCAGAUUAGAAGUAUUUGCUGUUGGUCGACCAACUCCUGAGAUUGUAUGGCUGAAGGAUAAUGUGCUACUGAUACCGGACAAGCACCCUGAACUGAGAAUUGAAGGGGUCGAUGGACAUGGACUCCUGACCAUCCCCGCUGCUAAUCGCGCUCUCCAUGAUGCGUGGUACACUGCUACCGCUGUAAACAAAGUAGGUCGUGACCUGACGAGAUGUAAGGUCAAAGUUCAAACACGUGAUGUGGAACCGGAACCUGAAAGAAAACUUUACAUCCCUAAAUCGGCUAGAAGACUUCAACCUCCAGAACCGUCUCCAGACAGGAUUGAAACGAGAAAGAUCGACGGAUUCGACGAACAUGACCUAUAUGAUGAGAAACGAAUGCAGAAACCGAGAUUCAAGAAGAAGUUGGUUUCAGUCAAACAAAAAUUACUCGGAUCGGCUCAUUUUGAAUGCCAUGUUGUACCAAUUGGUGAUCCUACUAUGAAGGUUGAAUGGCUUCUUGAUGGCAAACCAAUCGAGUUUGCAAACCGGAUUAUGACAACUCACGAAUUUGGAUAUUGCUCAUUGGAUAUUAGCGCUGUAUAUCCGAGAGAUUCAGGUGUGAUUAGCUGCCGCGCCACCAAUGCUCAUGGACAAAUUCAAACAUCUUGCACCUUAAUUGUGAAAGAUACCAAAGGACUUGUCGAAAAAACUCAGCUUCCGGAGACUAAACAUCUUGAGAACAUAGAAAGAAGAGAAAGAGAAUUUAAAGGGGUCGGCGAUCUCUACGCUAGAAAAGAUCCCGACGAUGAUCAGCCUCCCCAUGCUCCCCAUAUUGUAUUGAACAUCGAUCCUGCCCGAGUAAAAGAGGGAGAACCUGCUAGAUUCAGAUGCCGUAUUACUGGAUUUCCUCUCCCCAAAGUCGAAUGGUUCUUGAACAAACAAUCCAUCAGGAAGAGUAAACGUUUCCGACUCUGGUACGACGGAAUCCACUACUUUGAAAUUGCUGCAGUGCGUGGAUACGACACAGGAGAAGUUCGUAUGGUUGCGACCAACUCACAAGGUUCGGUUGAAAGCAGCGCUGCAUUGGAAGUCUACCAGGCCGACGAUCUUAGGUCUGUUCUUCAUCGAGCUGACAAGGUUGUAUCUACUACUGAUGGUGACACUGACUUGACAGUAAAGAGAUAUAGAACAUCGAGAGCAAUUGAAGAUCAAUUGAGGGAGCAAAAUGCACGGAAAAUGGUCACUCAACUAAAACAAGUUGAAAAGCCAAGUCUAACCGGACAAAAGAAGCCAAUGAAGAAAGCUACGGAACCGGAACUCCAGUCGAAGUUCAAACAACUCACCGAAGAAGAACACGUCAUACAAGCUUACAAUGUGGAAAAGAAACUGGUCGAAUUAGCUGACGAUUCUGAAGCUCCCGUCAUUCUUGAACGGGUGCAAAACGUCACAGUUCCAAAAGGCAAAGACGCAAGAUUAAAGGUUAGAUUCUACGGGAAGCCACGACCGGAAGUGACUUGGUUCUUUAACGGGAAACCAUUGGAACAUUCGGAUCGCAUUUCUUGGACUCUAAUCGAGGAAAAUGUAUCGGAACUCGUCAUCAGAAACACAAGAAAAUCAGACGCUGGUGGAAUCUCUGCAAUUGUAAGCAACGCUGUAGGAGAAGCUGGAAGUCAAGGAUUUUUACUUGUGCAAGAACCUAAUGUACUUCGCUUCACUUCGCCAUUGCAAGACGUAUCAGCAAAGGAAAACGAUCGUUCAUGUAUGUUCGAGUGUACUCUGUCUGAAUCAUACGUCAAAGUUGAAUGGCGAACGACCGCUGGACGCCGCGGUGCGACAGAAGGAUACGAAACCGUACUCAAGGGAGGAGACAAAUAUCGCAUGAAUACUGAAGGAAACCAUCAUUAUUUGAGGAUUUCUGAUAUUCAAAUGCAAGAUGCUGGGACUUAUUAUUGUGUAGUCGUUGGCCAAGACGAUAAACAGUCAGCAGCUGAUUUAGUCGUUGAAGCUGUUCCACGCACAAUCACAACUAAACUCAAAGAUCAGACGUCACGUGAAGGACUUCAAGCUCAUUAUGAAGCAACAGUAUCACAUGAGAAUGUGGCUGGAACUUGGAUGAAAGAUGGAGUUUCUUUACAAUCAAGUGAAAAAUAUGAAAUUGGUGAAGUCGGUCGUCGACGUCGUCUCACUGUGAAUGAUUUAGUCUUAGAAGACGAAGGUGUUUAUGAAUAUGUAUAUAAUGGCGAUACUUCGUCUGCAAAUUUAACUGUCACUGCCUUUCCAUGCAAUAUUACACAAACUUUAUCGGACCAGACGGCCUUUGCCGGCAACACUGUGAAAUUUGAAGCAAAAGUUUCGUUGUUUGGAGCAAAGAUUUAUUGGUUUAAAAAUGGAGUUCCUAUUACUCCAUCGGAAAGAAUUAGCUUAUCGUCUGAACACAAAUCUCACAUAUUGACAAUCACGGCAUGCACAUCGGAAGAUGCUGGUCAAUAUUCUUUCAAAGCUGGAACAAACGAAUCCACUGCACAACUUGUUAUUCAAGAAAUCGUCGUUACUGGCUUUCUCCAAAACCAAUCAGUCGUUGAAUCACAAUCUGUACAACUCAAAUGCUCUAUCGAUGUCCCCGGAUAUUUCGAUGGCAUUUGGCUUCAUAAUGAAAAAUUGAUUACAAAUUCCGAAUACCACGUUAUCGAAACAAAAGGCUCUUCCCAAAUGUUAACCUUGACAAACGUCACAAACGAUGACGCCGGCACUUAUGCUUACGUAACCGGAAGUGGAACAGGAACUGAAGCCAAGUUAGAGGUCAUCCCCAUCAAGGUAGUACGACCUCUGCACGAUAUAACGGACGCGGAAACUAAAACUGUGAAACUCGAAUUGGAACUGUCGCACCCAGACGUAGAAGGUACUUGGUGGAAAGAUGGAAUCCAAUUACAGGGAACUGACAAACACAUUUUUGGAUCAGACGGUAAAGUUCGAUUCUUAGAAAUCAGGAAACUUGCUGUGGAUGAUCAAGGAAAUUAUGAAUUCCGUGCUGGAAAACAAAUGUCAUCUGCUCACAUAACUGUGCAAGGUGCUUCCAUCACCAAACCAUUACAUGACACCAAAGCCUUAGAAACUGGAGACGCCACCAUGGAAUGCGAAGUCGCAGGAACUGGUGUACGUGGAGUUUGGAAGCGAAACGGAGUUCCAAUCAACUUCGAUGCUCCUGGAUGCAAGGACAGGUACAUAGUAGAAGGAAGAAGACAUAUAUUACAAAUGACUGGCAUUGACCAAGAUCAUGCUGGAACUUAUACUUUUGAAUUUGGAAGCAAAAAGACAAGUGCUCAUCUUGAAAUCGAAGGAAUCAAGUUGAUGAAAGCACUGCGUAACAUACACGUUGCCGAUGCCUCUGACGCAGUCUUUGCCGUCGAAGUAUCUCAAGAUAAUGUUCGUCAAGUUAAAUGGGAGAGAAAUGGUGUAGAAAUACGACCAGAUGAUCCCAAAUAUGUCAUGAAAUCGGACGGGAAUAAAUUUACUUUGACUGUCAAAAAAGUCAGUCAUUCUGAUGUGGCCGCCUACAGCUUCGUUGCUGGAUCUGCGAAAUCUUCUGGAAGAAUUUAUGUUGAAAAAAUUGAAUUUGUUCGUGAACUUCAAGAUCAACACAUCAUGGAGAAACGAACAGCAGAAUUCAUUGUUGAAAUUGAUAAUGACAAUGUUACCGGAUACUGGGAGAAAGAUGGAGUUAAAUUAGAAGCUUCUGAUAAGUACUUGAUCCAAAGUGAACGCAAAGUUCAUCAGCUGACGAUCACAAACACUACAGAAACCGAUACCGGAGUUUAUACAUUCCGUGUAGGACGUUCUUCAACCUCCGGGAAACUUCACGUUGAAACUGUCAAAAUCACAAGCAGAAUGAAGCCAAAAUCGAUCAAAGAAACGCAAUCCGCUACAUUUGAAUGCACUGUAAAUCAUCCUGAUAUAACAUCGAACAUGUACUGCUGGAUGAAAAAUGGAAAAGAAAUUCAGACUACGGAACGCAUAAACAAAACGGUUGAAGGCUACACACACCGCCUUACUAUUCAUGAUUGUUCGAUCGAGGAUUCGGGCGAGUAUACUUUCGAAGCUGGAAAAGAUAAAUGCUCUGCUAAAUUAGACGUGCAAGUUGUCAAAGUUAUCCGUGGACUCGCCCCUAAACGCAAAGUUAUGGCGCACGAAACUGUAGUCUUCGAGGCUCAAAUCGACGCUCCUAAUGUGAAGGCAUUCUGGAUGAAGGACGGUCGACGUAUUGACGUCAGUUCACGCAUGACUGACUCGAGUUCAAAGUUCGAGGCAAAAUCUAAGGAAACGAUUCAUACUCUCAAGGUUAAAGAUGUAAACGCCGACGAUGAAGGCGUGUACACUUUGUAUGCUGGACGGGAACUUACUUCUUCAACAUUAUAUGUGGAAGUUCUUCAAGUUGACAUCACCAAGUGUGUGAAAACAAUCAGCGUCGUUGAGAAGCACCAAGCAACAUUGGAAUUCAAAGUCAGCAAACCUAACGUCAAGGCACAAUGGUUUAGACAAGGAAUUGAGAUCGAUGUCAACCAGCCAAGAUAUCGUUAUGAAAUAGACGAUAGAACGCACAGACUUUACGUAAAAGAAGUUUCAUUUUCUGAUGAAGGUGAAUAUACCUUUCAAGCAGGAACCCAGAGAGCAACUACGUUUUUAUACGUCCAGCCACCUGAACCACCUCGUUUCGUUCAAGAACUUCGCAACUGUAUCGUCAUCGCUGGUGAAGCUGCUAAAUUUACUGUUCGUGUGACAGGAAGACCUGAGCCCAACAUUACUUGGUAUAAGGAAGGAAUUACUAUCAAUCCAAGCUUCAAAUACAAGAUCCUUCACGACGAAGACCAACAUACCCUGGUGGUGAUCGGAGUCGAAGAAUCUGAUGCCGGAGAAUACGUAUGUGAAGCUAGGAAUGAACUUGGAAGCAUGAGAACUAAAGCUUCAUUGGAAGUUGACAAUAAAGAUAAAACUCCUGCAAUUCGCCAACCUGACAUCAUGGCUCCCAAGAUUGUUGAACCAAUCCAGAAUUUCAUCACAAGAGAAGGGCAGAGUGCGAGAUUUCAAUGCAAAGUUGCUGGAACUGAUCCGAAAGUAACUUGGUACGUCAACGAUAAACGCAUCCAACCUUCUCGAUACUUCAAAAUUUCACAAUUUCACGGAGUUUGUCAAUUGGAAAUCACAGAAGCUUACCCUGAGGACGAAGGCGUGUACCGUGUUACCGUCAGCAAUGCAAAAGGGGAAGUCUCUUGCUCUGCAAAACUUCAGCUCGACAUUGCUCCGCCUCGAGUAAUUGAGCCGUUGCAACCAGCACAUGUGAUUGAAGGAAGCCCCGUCAAGUUUGAAUGUGUGAUACACGGGGAUCAUCUUGAUGUGAAGUGGUAUUUAGAAGGACGUGACGUCACACGGGAUUCGAGAUACGAGUGGAAACUGGAAGAAAAUGGCCAUUGCUGGCUUGUUAUAAAAGCAUGCGGAACUGAAGACGCCGGUGAAGUUAGAUGCCAUUCGUCUAAUGCUUCGGGCGAAGCUGUCUGCUCUACUGAUCUUAUUGUCUCUGGGCUUUUUGAAACUACACAAGAGCAAGAAGUCGCAGUGCAAGGACACAUAUCGGAGUCUCAUCAAAGUAAUCUACAGAUUAAGAAUUCGGAGGAAUCUCUCAGUGUCUCGUCUUACGAAGAAGACGAAAACCAAACGGACGAGAACGGCGAAACAUUGCUUGUGACAAGCUCCAUGACCGGCAAAGAAUUCACAAUCCGAAGAUCUGAAAUUACGAAACUCGCCAAAGAAAACUAUUUUUCUCAUUCGAAGUUCGAUCCAUCGUUGCCAGAUACCCCUAUAUUAUUGAGAAAAAAGAAACCAGACAUAGAGGAAGAUUUAAUCCGACCUGCGUUCACGCAAAAGCUUAAACCCGUUACCAUAGAAACGGAUGACACAGCUGAAUUAAUGUGUCGAUUCAUUGCGGCUCCAAGGCCAGAAAUUAUGUGGUUUUGUAAUGGGGAAGCUAUAAAGAUUGGCGGCAGAAUAAAAGUCACAAUCGAACGCGACAUGUUCUCAUAUUUCGCUCUACUUGAAAUUCAAGAAUGCCAAUCUCGAGACGCCGGCCUUUAUCAAAUCAUCGUCCGUAACAAAGAAGGAGAAUGCCAAUCUACAGCUAACGUCGACGUGACAAUUUCUGGAAAUGGACCCAGAGUUCCAAAACUCAAUUUAGAAACAUUGGGAGAUCCCCCUAAGAAAACUCGAUUGAAUUCAAAUGGUUCUCCCAGAAUGCCAUUUUCUGCUAAACACUACCUCGAAAAAGCUAGAUGCAGAGAAGGCAGAUCACAAAGCUUGCGUGAAGACUUUCGACGAACUCGGUCAUUCGAGACGCCUUUAACAGGCAGCAGACGAUCGACCUUAUCAGCUGAAAACGCUAGUUUUCGUGCAUCCUCUAUGAGCAACUUAUUACGAAACGGUACUUUCCCUCUGCGUGGUAGACGCGCAGACAGUAUUUGUAGUAGCGUGGAUGACCAAACUAUCCACAAUAUGGCGUUAGAGAGCGAAGUCAGCUCUGUUUCCAUGACUCCCUCGUCAUCAACCCUACGUCAAUCGAAUCACGUUGCGUCACAAUUGAAUACCUGUUUAACCGGUCAUAGCCGAUUUAUUGACGAAACACGAUCGUACUCUUUAGAAUUACCGGAUUUUGAUGCUUCGAGCGACAUUGUGACUCAUUCCACCGCCAGCACAAGUGGUGUAUUCAUGAUGGACGAAUCUAUAGGUAGCCGCCGAUCAUCUCUAUCCGGUAAAAAAGAAGCUCCGGUUAUUGUAGACUCGUUACCGGAUAUCAUGAACGUUGUAUCCGGUAAUCAACUCUCACUCAUGUGUAAGGUAACCGGUCGACCCAAGCCAAAACCGGUGUGGCUUAAAGACGCAAUCAUGAUUCCUGAGAACUCAAAAACAUAUUUAUUUGACGAAACUGAUGUAUCAGGAUCCGGUAAUACCGGAUACGUUUUCUCGUUAAUGGUGAAACAAGCCACUUCAAAAGAAUCCGGGGUUUACACGUUCUCAGCCCUCAACGUUGCUGGUGACAUAUCCUCUACCGUGAAAGUCAAUGUCAGCGCUAAUAAAGAAGAAAAGUUUGAAGCACCAAGUUUUACGAAGAAAUUGGAACCUACGAAAACAAAACUAGGAAGGAAAGUACGAUUAGAGUGCGAGUUAACCGGAUCAUCACCGAUCCAGGUUACCUGGUCAAAGGACGGUGUUAAACUGUCCAAGUCAAAACUCGUCUCCACCGACGAGUCUUCUCCAUUCGUCGAAUUUCCGGAUAUAUCGCUCAGCGAUUCUGGAACAUACUCGAUCAUGGCCAAGAACAAAUACGGUGUUGCGACAUGCUCUGCAUCAUUGAUUGUAGAAGGUAUUGCACCCGAGUUUGUUGUAAAACCAGACGCAGGAACUGCCAAGUAUGGAGAAUCCUUCACGUUCCGAGCUAAAAUAACCGGGAUACCAGAGCCGGACGUACGCUGGGAGAAAGAGAACAAGAUGCUAAAGCCAUCUGAUCGAAUAUCCUUGGCACACGAUAUUGGAACUGACGAAUAUACUUUGACAAUCUCGAAGUUAACAGCUGGUGACGCUGGCGUGUAUGACUGCAUCGCUGAUAAUCCAGCUGGAGAAACGAGAUGUCGAAUAUCACUGCUCGUUGAAGAAAUUCCAUUGGCGGAAUCUCUCCGAGUACAAGUGAAGGAGACUGAAACAAAGAAAACUGAAGAAACUAAAAUUAUUAAAAAGAAGAAACCUACAGAAGACAAGAAAUCGCCUGUUUUCGUCACAUCCCCUGAGAGUGUUUCUAAGCCACAAGGUGAAUCUGUGGUCCUGACCGCUAAAGUGUCGGGAGACCCGGAACCCAGUGUGCAGUGGAACAAGGGAAAGUGGAGAAAACUGAACAGCUACGGAAGAUUUAAAAUAUCAAAGGACGCAGAUCUCCAUAAAUUGGAGAUUAGUGAACUUGAUAAACCGGACAAGGGAUCUUAUAGAUGCGUUGCUACUAACGUACAUGGACAAGCAGAUGCUCAAUUUACAAUCGAUGUUACUGAAAAAGUCGUCGAGAAAGUUGACAAAUCUGCAUUGAAAAAACUUCCCCCUAAAGAAGAAAUUGCAAAAGAGGGAGAAAUGAAAAGGAUUAUGGAACUUAUGCAAGAAGUUGAUCCGAAAGAAUAUGAGAAAUAUGCUCGUCAUUUUGGUAUCACUGACUACAGACAACUUCUGUCCAGAUUUAUGGAGUGGCGUGAAUCACCUGAAAAGGCUGAAACUGAAUCUGUCGCAUCUGAAGCUGCAGAAGUAAAUGAUUUAUUCCAAUUCAUGCAGAGGAGUAUGUCUAUUUCUGAAAGUGUCAAAGUAUUGAAAGAUAUUGAAGACAUUUCAGGAGGAUACGAAAAAUCUGCUACAUUUGAAGCUGAAUUACAGAUUUUCGUACCUGAAAUUGAAGUCAAUUGGUACAAGGGAAAUCAACGCCUAUCUCCAAGCGACAAGUACGAAAAGACACAGGACGGGAACAAAUAUACUUUGACUGUAAUAAAUUUGGAUGAUUCAGACAUGGGUGCCUACCGCUUAGUUGCUGGGCCGCACUCAUCUACUGCUGAUUUGACUGUCAGAGCUGUGGAUUUUAUCGACAAAAUUAAGGAACAACGAGUACGUAUUGGUGAGAAUGCUGAAUUCAAUUGUACUGUUACCGAGCCCAAGGCUAAGGUAACUUGGUUCCGCAAUGGAGUCAAAAUCACUCCUUCAUCGAAAUAUGAAAUCAUUGCAAGUGGAGCUCGUCAUAUUCUCAAGAUAAAGAACAUUAAACCAGAAGAUGAAGCAGAAAUCACUGCUCGAGCAGAACUGGAAGAUUAUGACACUUGUGAAACAGGAGCUGCGUUGGUGCAUUUGCCUGAAGUUGAUGAAUUUACCAAACCACUUACUGAGCAAAAAGUGGUUGAGGGAAAGAAUGCAACAUUUGAAUGCACAGUUUCUCGCGAGGAUGCAAAAGUAAACUGGUAUGCUGGAGAUGAAUUGAUCACCUCACAGAACAAGAAAUAUAAAAUCCUGGUCAUGAAGAAACUCCGUCGUCUUAUUGUUCUUGAUUCUAAGGAUGUUGACAUGAAAACCUUCACUUGUGCUUUUGACGAUAAUACUAAGUGCUCUGCGCAACUAUCUGUUGUCCCUGCUGAAGAAGAGGAAGAAAUUACUCGACUAAAGAAAAAGAUUCGACAUAUUUCAGUGGAAGAUGAAGAUGCAUUGGAAAAAGUAGAUCUCAAGCCAAUUCCUGGUCUUCACUUCACCAAGGAAUUGAAAGAUCAAGUUUGUGAGGCAGGAGAUGAAGCGAUUCUUGAAUGUGAGCUAUCCCAUCCCGAUGUCCCAGUAACUUGGUUCAGAAGAGGCGAUAAAAUUUAUCCAACUGCUAAAUAUCAACCCUCAGUUGAUGGAACCAAACACGUUCUUGAAAUCAGAGGAGCUGAAAAAGAGGAUCAGACUGAAUUUAGCUGUCAAGCUAGGCCUAACCCUGAUGUAAUUACCAGAUGCAAAGUAACUCCUCUUGCAAUCACUUCCAAACUCAAACCUGUAAAGGCUGUAGAAAAACAACCAGCUACGUUUGAAGUUGAAGUUUCAUCUGACAAAGCUGUUCCCAAAUGGUUUAAGAACGAAGUUCAAAUAGAGGUUGAUGACGGACGCUAUAUUAUAAAAAGUGAAAAGCGAAAGCAUUCAUUGUCUAUCAAGGCAUGCACUAUGACUGAUGCUGCAACCUACAGUGUUUAUUUUACUGAAUCUGCACAGGACCAGACAACACUGAGCGUAUCUCCUGCUCCAAAGGCAAAAGAAUGGGAACAAACUCAAGAAUCUAUUCAUGUCAAUGAGAGCAGCAUUGUGUCGUCUGCUGAAACCACUUCAGAAAGUGUACAAAUUGUACGCCAAACUCAAAUUGUGCAAGAAGUACAGGAAGCAGUGGACACUGUCGUUGUUUGUGAAGAGGCUGAAUCUUUGACUUUCACUAAAAAAUUGGAAGAUAAAACCAUUUCUGAAUAUGAAAGUGUUACAUUCGAAUGUGAAUUAAACAAGGACGAUGCUGCAGUUACAUGGAUUAAGGACCGUAACACUGUCAUCUCUGAAAAUGACACAAGGUUACAAUCGGAGAAAUCUGAGGAGGCAAAAUACAAAGUGGAUAGUGAAGGCAAUACACAUCGUCUGGUCAUCAACACAGCUAGUUAUGAUGAUGAAGCAAGUUAUACUUGUGAUGCUGGCGAGGAUAAAACUACAGCUAACCUGACUGUAACAGCUCGUGAUAUUCAGUUUGAGAAACCACUUGAUGAUUGCAAGGUUUUGGAAAGAAACGAUGCUUCUUUUCACUGUAUUCUUACUCAUGAAAAUGUUAAAGUAUCUUGGUUCAAGAACGGUGUGAAGCUUAUUCAUUCCAAAGCUGUAGAAAUAAAAUCGGAGGGACAUGAACACCAUUUAACUUUAAAAAAUGUUGACAUUGAGGACACAGGAGUUAUUUCCAUACAAGCCGAAAAUAUAAAGGGAUCAGCUACCUUAACAGUGGAAGGUACACCAAUAAAUUUCAUCAGCAAACUGAGUGAUAUAACUGCAAGUGAAGGAGAUUCUGUAACUCUAGAAUGUGAAUUGAGCUUACCAAAUGUUCAAGGUUCAUGGUUUAGAAAUGGUGUCAAGCUGACAAGAGCUGAUUCAGUGAAGAUCCGUACUGAGGGAAGCAAGCAUGUACUCGUAUUAAGCAAUGUUUCACCUCAUGAAGCUGGGGAGUUUUCAUUCACAGCUGCCGGACUACACACCACUGCCAAUGUGAUUAUUUCAGAAGCACCCGUUGUAUUUACCAAGAAAUUGGAAAAUAUCAAGAUUACUGAAAUGGAAACUGUUGAACUUGCUUGCGAAGUCAGCAAAUCAACUGGAAAGGUCUCCUGGUUUAAAGCUGGACAAGAAAUUUCAUCUUGUGAUCACACCGAAAUUAUCUCUGAAGGCAAAUGGAGAAAACUUGUUAUUUCUAAAAUAACGUAUGAAGACGAAGAUGACUAUUCUUGUAAAUGUGAGGCUGAUGAAACAAGUUGUUCUGUCACUGUUGCUGGACGAGACAUCAAAAUUCGUCAAGAUCUGCGAGAUUUGGAAGUACUGGAGGGCGAACAAGCUAAUUUUGAAUGUGAAAUAUCACAUAAUGAUGUUCAUGUCAGAUGGUACAUUGGUGAAAACAUUGUCAAACCUGACGACAAUAUAAGUAUUGAAUCCAUUGGGCGAAAACAUCGCAUGCACAUCAAAAAGUCUUUGCCUGAGUACACAGGAACUGUUAAAAUUGUUGCUUCAAAUGCAAGCUCUGUCGCACGAUUGAAUGUCUUGGAACCACCUGUGGAAUUCAUUGUUCCUCUGAAGGAUUUAAAAGCUGAAGAAAAAUCUGAAGUCAUAUUUGAGUGCCAGGUUUCACGUGCAAGUGCUAUCGUUCGAUGGUACAAAGCCAGGCUCGAGAUUCACCAGUCUGACAAGUACACAAUCAUAUCUGAAGGAUGUCGUAGAGCGUUAAUUAUUAAAUCCUGUACAUUUGAAGAUGAGAAGAAAUAUACUUGCGAUGCUGAUGAUGUUAGAACCACAGGAAAAUUAACUGUUGAAGCUCGUCCUAUCAAGUUCAUCAAAGAAGUACCUGAAAAACGUGUCAUUGAAAGAGAUGAAGUUCGAUUUGAUAUAGCAUUAUCUCAUUCUGAUGUUGAAGUAGGAUGGUUUAAAAAUGGAGCAAAAAUGGCUGCUUCAAAUAAUAUUGAACUUGGUGUUGAUGAUAAAAAACAUUGGAUGAUAUUUCACUCAAUCGCUUUGGAAGAUGAUGGUGCAGAAAUAUCUGCCCAUGCUGAGGAAGAACGAUCAACUGCCAAUUUAUAUGUUGAAGAAUAUGCAGUAAAGAUUGUCAAACCACUGGAUGAUGUCACCGUUAUUGAAAAGAAUACCGCAACGUUCAUAUUGGAAACAAAUUAUGAUGAUAUUCCUCAUUCAUGGUUUAAAGAUGAUAAGAAACUAAAAGCUGGCAAGGACAUUGAAAUAAUUAUUGAAGGAAAAAAACAAAUUCUUAAGUUGCAUAACUGCAAACUGGGAGAAUCAUGUGCUGUGAAAUUUAUAUCAAAGAAAGCAGAAUCAGUCGCUAAGCUUAUUGUUAUUGAAACGCCAGUCAGUUUUGUCAAUCCACUCAAAGAUAUUACAUGCAUUGAAAUGGAUAAAGUUAUCAUGGAAUGUACAAUCAGCAGACCUAAUGGCAUUGUUAAAUGGUUACGGAACGAACAGGAAAUUGUUCCCAGUGAAAAAUACACAGUUGAAAGUGAUGGCGUGAAGCGAAGAUUGUUAAUUUCAAGUACUGAAAUGGAUGAUGACACUGAAUGGACUUGUGAUGCUUCAGAUUCAAAAUCAACUAUGAAGCUGACUGUCAAAGAACUGAAUGUAAAAUUCACCAAAAAUUUGAAGAAGCAGAAAGUCAUUGAGGGUGAAAAUGCCAAGUUUUACUGUGAAAUCAAUACAACGAAAGCUGUUGAGAUAGAUUGGUUUCAGAAAGACCAAAUCAUUGAAACUUCUGAAAAAUUCAUUCCUACACGUGAUGGACUGAAGCUAUAUUUGACAAUAUCGAAUGUUGAUGUAAGAGAUGAAGGUCUCAUUACAUGUACAGUACGUCAAGCUUCUACUAAAGCCAAAUUAACAGUAAAAGAAGGCCUGGCAAAGAUAACAGAAAUGAAAGAUGUUGAGGCAGAGGAAUUCCAACCAACUGCAAAUUUUGAUUGUAAACUAAGCAGAAUCUCUGGUGAAGUUCAGUGGUAUAAGGAUCAGACUGAGAUUCAACAUGGUGACAACAAAUAUGAAAUGGUUGCUUCAGGAAAAACCAGAACACUCAUUGUGAAAAAUAUUUGCAAAUCUGAUAUGGCAAAAUAUACUUGUAAAUCUGGAUCAGAGAAAAUCACUGCUAACAUGAACGUAAAAGAUGGAAUCUCCUUUACUUCACCACUGACUGAGACAACAGCAUUUGAUAAAGACAAGGUUACUUUAUCGUGUGAAGUUUCCGAUGAAAAUGUAAAAGUUUUCUGGUACAAAAAUGGAGAACCUGUUGCACUUGGCGAAAAUGCAGUUGCCUCUUCAAACGGAAAAGUUAGGACUCUCACUCUUCCGUGGGUGACUAUGCAGGAUGCUGGAGAAUAUACUGUUGUGGCAAAAUAUGUCAAAUCAUCAGCAAAACUUGUAAUCAAAGCCGCUCCAUCCUGCUUCAUCAAAGAUCUUGAAAAUGUUUCUAUACCACAUAUGGGAACCGCAACUUUCACAUGUGAAGUGUCGCCAAGAGAUGCUGUUGUGACUUGGUACAUGGGUGAAGAUGAAAAAAUGUCUGAAAUUAUUGCAAAUGAACGAUAUUUAAUAAGUGAAGACUACAAAACAAGAACUCUCAUUAUCAAUGAUUGUGUCGUAGAAGAUAGAAACACUGUUUCAUGCUGCUUUGAUGACCUGUCAACAAGUGCCAAAUUGCAUGUUGAUGAUCCUCCUGCAUUUUAUGUCAGAGAACUUGAAAAUAUUGUUGCAACAGAACGGAACAACAUCAUUUUUGAAUGUGAAUUAUCAAGACCAAACGUUGAGAUUGAAUGGCUUUGUGGCGAUGAAGUUCUGACUGAAUCCGAACGCGUCAUUUUUGUAUCAGAAAGAUGUGUUCGUAGAUUAUUGAUUGAUAAUAUUUCAAUGAAAGAAACCGGAAAGUACACAAAUAGAGUUUUCGGUGAAACUACAUGCACAUCGGCUUCUCUGACUGUAAACGAAUUGCCUCCUGGAUUCAUAACUGAACCAGAAAACAUUUGGUGCUGCAAUGAAGAUGAAGCAGUUUUUACAUGUGAAGUAACAAAACCCAUUUACAGUGUGGAAUGGGCAUUGAAUGGAAACAUUCUAAAGUCUAAUAAUCGCUUCAAUAUCACAUCUGAUGGGGCUAAACAUGUGUUAAAGAUUAACAAAGCGCUAAUUUCUGAUUCUGGCAAGAUUACAGUCACGUGUAAAGAUGUUGUGGCGACUGCUGGAUUGGAAGUUGUCCCUAUUGGUAUUGAGACACCUCCAAAUGAUGUUAGAGUUAGUGAGAAAGAGACUGCGGUUUUUGUCUGUCAUUCCAACAAAGCAAACACUAUGCUCACAUGGAGAAAAGAUGGCGUUGAACUCAAGUCAGGAAAUGGAAUAGCAAUGAAAGCCGAAGGCAAAAAGUAUACACUCGAGAUAGGAGAUUGCUCAUUAAGAGAUGACAGAUCUCUAAUCACUGCCCAGAUUAAUGAAAGCAUUUAUCAAGCAAAACUAAUUGUGUUGGAAGAGCCAGCAAACAUUGUCUCUGGUUUCGAAGACCAAGAAGUUGAAGAAAUGACUCGUGCAGUCUUUACUGUUGAACUAUCAAAUCUUAGUGGGAAAGUACAAUGGCUUGCAAAUGGAAAAGCUAUUAUAUUAGGAAGUAAUGAAACUGAGAAGAUUCAUGAGAUUUCUUCUGGAACGAGACGAAGUUUGGUUAUUAAUAGUUGCCAAAUGGGCACAGAUGAGAAAACAUAUACCUGUCGAUGCAAUGGUCGUGAGAUCUCUGCAAAAUUGAAAGUUGUAGAAGCUCCUUUACGAUUUAUCAAAGGCUUGUAUGAUACAAGUUUCAAACCUGGAUCGCAUGUACAACUCGUAUGUGAAUUGAAUAAACCGAAUCUCGACAUUGUAUGGAGAUUAGACGGCGAUGAAGUAAAGGAAAAUAGAAAAAGAUCCAUUAAAAUUUUGGAAGAGGGAAAGAAACAUGUUCUUGAAAUUGAGGAUUUUGAUGAAUCAGAUCGAGGAAAAUACUCCGCGAAAUGUUCUACAGCUCUCUGUGAAACAGAGGGAAUCAUUGAUGUUGCAAUUCGACCUACACUUUACAUUCCUGAUAAAGAUAUCACCUGCAGUUGUGAAGCAAAUGCAGAAGUCAUUGUAAACUAUAAAGCCAUUCCAAAGCCAAAAGUUUCCCUUUGCAAAGAAUCUGGUGAUCAAUUGGUUGAGAUUGAGAGGAACUGGGAAAUGACUCCUGAAAAUAUAAACAUGAUGUUCCGUAAAACUAAAAGAUCUGAUAGCGGUCAAUAUCUUGUUACUAUCAGUAAUAAACAUGGAAAAAAUAGUGCACCAUUUGAAAUCACUGUAAUAGACAAGCCAGAUUCUCCUCGGAAUUUGUUGGUGACAAGCAUCACAUCAACUUCCGUCACACUACAGUGGGAGGAACCAGAAGAAGAUGGCGGAUCUCCUAUUACCAAUUUCUUAGUUGAAAAACGAGAUAUCAAAAGAAAAAUGUGGCAAACUGUUUCUGAUAAAUUGGAAGAAACAACUUUCACAAUUGACAAGUUAACCGAAGGAAGUAAAUAUUGCUUCCGUGUUUCAUGUGAAAAUAAAGUGGGAUUGUCAGAACCUAGUGAAAUCUCUGAUCCUAUAUUGGUCAAGUCAAAAUUCGAACCCCCUCAACCACCUCAGAAGCUGAGCGUUUCCGAAAUAUAUGCUGAUCAUGUAAAUGUGACCUGGCUGCCUCCUUCAUUUGAUGGUGGAUCACCUGUUUCAAGAUACGUACUUGAGUGCAGAAACAAACUAAGUUUAACGUGGACAUGCUGUGCAGUUACAGAAGGCACUGAAUUGAAGACUGUUGUCACACCCCCAGAAAUUGCGGAAGAUCAGUCGUAUUAUUUCAGAGUAAUUGCUGAAAAUAAAUUUGGAGCAAGUGAACCCAGUGCGACUACAGAACUGAUCAAAGUUGGGGAUCUAAUAGAACCUCCUUCAAAACCACUUCAAGUUACUUAUGACAAUCAGACCAAGACCAGUAUUGAUAUUUCAUGGGCUUGUCCUGCUAAUGAUGGGGGCUCUCCUAUCACUGGCUAUGUGAUUGAAUGCUGUGAUAAAGCUAAUGGCAGAAUGUUAUGGAGGGAAGCUUUAAAAGUUGAUGGAAGAGAUUGUAAAACUUGCACAGUUCCUGAUCUCAUUGAAAAUGAGCAAUGUGCAUUCCGUGUCAAAGCUAUCAACAAAGCUGGAUUAGGAGAAGCAAGUGAUGCGACUCCAUUUAUAGUCAUUGAAGAGAAAAGAAAACCACCUCAGUAUGAGAUAAGUGAUGACCAACGUCACAUUAUUGUUGUUGAACCUGAUGCAAUUGAAAUGAAAUCUACAAUAUUUGGAAUUCCUGUGCCAUCUGCUACGUGGAUUCGUUGCAACGAUGAAAAAGUUCUUUCUGCUGAUGACAGAACAACCAUUGAAACUGGCAACACCUAUGCUACGCUCAAAAUCAAUUCCAGCAGUAGAUCUGAAGAUACAGGGCUGUAUAAACUAGUCCUGCAGAAUUCUGAAGGACAAGUUGAAUGCGAAUUCAAUGUAUCAGUAUUUGCGAAACCAGGUGAAGUCGCCAACUUCAAAGCAGAUGAAAUCACAUCAUCAUCAUGCUAUUUAUCAUGGGAUGUUCCAACUGAAGAUGGCGGAUCAGAAAUAAUUUCUUAUUGUGUGGAAAGAAGAGAAGAUGGACGCAAAGCAUGGGUCAAGGUUGCAGAUGCUGAUGUCAAUGAACUCAGCAUAGCUGAUCUUCGCAAAGGAAAGAAAUAUUUCUUCAGAGUAUGUGCUGAAACCAAGUAUGGCAAGGGCUCAUAUGUGGAGCUUUCUGAACCAGUGUUGGCAGAAGACCCACUUGAACCACCUGGCCCACCAACUAACUUGGCACAUUCUAAUGUGAAGGUGGAUUCAGUAACAUUGACCUGGACUGCUCCUAAACAUGAUGGAGGUUCUAAAAUUACAAGCUACAUCAUAGAAAAGAAAAAGGAAGUGGAUUCUGAAUUUGUGACUGAUCAUCAAACUAAAGAUGCUGAGACUCGUUGUAUUGUCAAAGGCUUGGAUACUGACACCUACUGGUUAUUCAGAGUAAAAGCUGUAAACACAACUGGACCUGGAGAACCCAGUGAUUCAACAGAAUCUAUCCUAGUACAAGAGGAUAAAGCUGCUCCUACUGUUGAAUUGGAUGAAACAUCUAAGAAGGGUUACAAAGUUCAAGCUGGCACUACAAUCGACAUUGAAGCAAAAAUUGCUGGAAAACCGGCACCAACAACUAGAUGGACUUGCAACAAUGCUGUAAUCGCACCUAGCGAUCAUGUGCACAUUGACCAGACUAGUAGUGGAAGCAUCUUUAGACUCUUGAUGACGAAACGAACAGACUGUGGAGACUAUGCCAUCUUUGCUCAAAACCAGCAUGGAAAAGCGUCCGCACAAUGUUCAGUCACAGUACUUGAUAAACCUGGACCUCCUAACAGCAUUGAUGUAGACGAUGUUACCAAAAGCACAUGUACUUUGGUAUGGACUCCACCAUCUGAUGACGGUGGUUCUCCGAUUACUAAGUAUGUGGUUGAGAGACGUGAAGCUGGACGUAAAAUCUGGACUAAGAUCAGUGAUGAAGUAAAAGCAGAUGUCACCAAAUAUGUUACAAAAGUUACAAAACUCAUUGAGAAUCGAGAAUAUGAAUUUAAGGUAUCUGCUGUAAAUGAGUUUGGAAUGGGUGAUGCUGUCAUUUCAUCAGUAGUCAAAGCCAAAUACCCAUUUGAACCACCGAAUGCACCAGAUUGUCCAGAAAUUCGCGACGUUACCAAGAAUUCUAUGACUGUGGAAUGGAAGGAACCUUCCUCAGAUGGAGGAAGUGUAAUCACUGGAUAUUAUGUUGAAAUGCGUACUGGAGUUUCUGGAGGUUGGGUAAAACUGACUAAAGAACCUCUCAAUGCACAAACACUGUCAUACAAAGUUACCGGACUGGCUAAAGGAAAAGAAUACUCUUUCCGUGUUAUUGCUGAGAAUAUUGCUGGUGUAAGUAAACCAAGUGAAGCAAGUCUACCAAUCAAAGCAUUAGAUCCCGUCAAACCACCAAGCAGACCCGGAAAACCAAACAUUAUGGACGUAACAAAGAACACUUGCCGCCUUCGUUGGCGAGCACCAGAAACUGAUGGUGGAAGCCCAGUUACCAACUACGUUAUUUUGGUCAAGAAACGAGAAGUUGGAUGUGAAGAAUGGGAAGGAGACUUCGUUCCUUGGGAAACCACAGUGAAAGAUUGUGAACACACAGUGCUUGACUUAAUACCACUAAAGCUAGAAUAUUGCUUCAGAGUUUUUGCUGAAAACAGAGCUGGAAAGUCAGAAAUGAGCGAAGAAUCAGAUCUCGUCAUUUGCAAACCUAAAUUAAAGAGUCCAGACCCACCAACUGAUUUUAAAUCUGUCGGAACGACCAAAACGACCAUCAAACUUCGAUGGGAAAAACCAUUGAAUGAUGGAGGUGCUGAAGUUACUAACUAUAUUCUCCAGAGAAGAGAAUUGAGACGACAAGCAUGGACAGAUGUUUCCAAGGAUAUAAAAACUGAAGAAUUCACUGUCGAAAACUUGAAGGAAGAAGUACAAUAUGAAUUCCAAGUUUGUGCUGUUAACUCUGUCGGCCAAAGUGGUUGGGCUCAAAGUUCACCUAUUGCUGCAGUGUGCAUGUUCAAAGUACCAGAUCAACCCCGCAAUGUCAGACCAAGUGAAAUAUCAAGGAAACAUGUCUCACUUACAUGGAGAGAACCUGUGUUCGACGGUGGAGCUAAGAUUACAUGCUACAUCAUUGAGAAGCUGGAACUUCCAAAGAAAAAGUGGAUAAAUGUUGGCAAAACUGAUAAUGCUGAUUGCAAUUUUAAGACUACCGAUGUGAAAGAAAACACUCAAGUACAAUUCCGUGUCAGUGCAGAGAAUGAAGCUGGCGUUAGUGAACCGAGCGAACCUACUGAUAACAUUACAGUCAGAGAUCCUAUUGAAACGCCAAGUGCCCCACAAGAUGUCGACUUGGUAUCUACAACUAUUACAUCUGUGAAGCUAUCAUGGAAACUUCCAUCUUCGGACGGAGGAGAUAAGAUAGAAGGAUAUUACAUCGAACGAUGUCUGGCUGGAAGUGAUGACUGGACUCGAUGCAACGUUUCUCCCUUCACUGAUUGUACUGGCGAGGUCACUGGUUUGAGAGAAGGUCGUACCUAUCAGUUCAGAGUUCGUGCAUCAAACUCAGCUGGUAUUGGAGACGCAAGUGCUGAAACUAUACCCAUUACUGCUCAAAGACCAGAUGCUGCCCCGACUUGUCAGCUCGAUAGUGAAGAAUUGGUGAUUGCUGGAAACAAAAUGAGACUUAGAGUUCCAUUCGAUGGAUUCCCAACUCCUACUGUAUCAUGGACGUUCAAUGAUAUGGAUCUGAAAGACAGUAUCAAGGAAUCUGUCGAUGAUAGCGUUGCAACUCUAUUCAUCCCAGCUUGCUCAAGAAACGAUGGUGGCAAAUAUGAAAUCACUCUGAUCAACAGAGUUGAUACCUUUUCAGCUUCCUGUCAAGUCAAAGUUAUUGAUGUUCCUGACACUUGCUCAGACUUUGAAGCAACAGAAAUCCGUAAAGAUUCUUGUAUACUGGUUUGGAAGGAACCUCAGGACGAUGGAGGAUGUCCAGUGACACAUUACAGCAUUGAAAAGCGUGAAGCAGGUCGUAGAACAUGGAUGCCUGUAUCCAAGGAUAUCAAAGGCACAACGUUCAGAGUAUCAGAUCUUGUGAAAAAUCAAAAGUACAACUUCAGAGUGUGUGCUGUUAAUGAAGUCGGUGCUGGAAAGCAAGUAGAACUUCCUACUGACAUUCUAGCAAAAGAUCCUAUGGUACCUCCAUCCGCUCCACUAGAAUUUUCUCAUUCAAACCCAACAUACAAAUCUCUUACUCUGACAUGGAAGAAACCAGAAUCCGAUGGCGGAAGUCCUAUUAUUGGAUAUUGUGUUGAAUUUGCAGAUAAGGGUUCAGACAAUUGGACUGUUUUUGCUAAAAGUCAACAAGCCCUUACAUGCGUUGUAAAGAACCUUGCUGCAAAUGUUGAAUACAACUACAGAGUAUCAGCUCACAAUGAGGCUGGUCAAGGUCCAUUUGCUCAAACAGAUGAACCAGUACUUGCAAGAGAUCCGCUUGCUGCUCCUACGAUUGAGUUUGAUUCUCACAUACAACAAGGAUUUGAAGUCAGAGCUGGAAAGAAGAUUGUUCUGACUGCUCUCUUCACUGGCGUUCCCAAACCAACAAUCAAAUGGUUACACCAUGAUGAAAAAGAAGUUGAUAUUACAGAAAGCAAGGAACAUACAAUAAGGACUUCAUCUGACAACACAGAACUAUCUGUUGCAAAAUCAUCUCGAGCAAACAAAGGCAAAUAUGUUGUGAUAGCUGAAAAUGAUCAAGGAAGUGCAACUGCUACAGUUGAUGUGGUUGUUCUUGAUUUCCCAUCAAUGUGCACACCACCUUGGUCGUUUGAAGAUUCAACAAAAGAUGCAGUGACUCUGAGAUGGAAAGCACCUAAAGAUGAUGGUGGUUCAGAAAUCAUUAAUUAUACUUUACAAAUGAGAGAAAGCAAUAAACAGGCAUGGAAUAACGUCUCAACUACACUGUCAAACACAAAAUGGAGAGUGACCAAACUUGUGGAACACAAGGAAUAUGUUUUCAGAACUGCUGCAGAGAAUAAAUUGGGACUUGGACCAUGGUUUGAAAGUGCUCCAUAUGUUGCGAAGAUGCCAUUCGAUCCCCCUGAUGCUCCAGAAGCACCAGAGCUCACCGAUGUGACAAAAGCAUCUAUGACGGUGAACUGGGAAGAACCAAACAAUGGUGGUGACACUAUCAUUGGAUAUUGGCUCGAGAAGAAAGACACAAAAUCUACUAAGUGGUCUCGUGUAAAUAGAGAAAGGAUUCGUGGAUUGUCAUACGAGGUUACUUCUGAUAUAGUAGAGGGUGUUGCAUAUCAGUUUCGUGUAUGUGCUGAAAAUGCUUGUGGUAAGGGCAAAUUCAGUCCCCCAAGCGAGCCACAAGUUUGCGAGGAUCCUGUUUCUAAGCCAUCACCACCACAGCAUGUGCGUGUUGAGGACACAACAGAUGAAUCUAUACUUCUUGCUUGGGACGUUCCACAAUCUGAUGGUGGUGAUUCAAAACUAUCUUACAUUGUUGAACAAAGACUUGAGGAUGGCUCAUGGAGUAGAUGCAAUGAUAAGACAUUAUACGAUCUAUCAUUCAACGUUGAGCACUUAUCUAAAGGAAGAAUGUAUUCAUUGCGUAUCAAAGCUUGCAACAGAGCUGGUGAAAGCAUUCCAGUUGAGUUACCUGAAACACCAGCUCGUGAGAAGACAAUUGCGCCAACUGUUGACAUCGAUGAGCCAGCGGUCAAUGGAAUCACAGUAGCCGCAGGAAAAACAUUUGAUAUACCUGCCAUAGUCACUGGACGUCCAUAUCCUGAAAUAUCAUGGAGCAAGGACAUGGGGCUAGAACUUUCUGAUAGAGCGUUUAUAAAGAAGACCAAAGAUGGUUCUUUGGUAUCAGUAAAAAAAUGCAAACGAUCAGACUGGGGAGAAUACAAAGUAACGGCAAAGAAUUCAUCGGGAUCUAAAUUUGCAACUUGCACUGUCAUUGUACAUGAUGUUCCAGGGGAAGUUGUGGAACUAAAGACUGGAGCUGUUAACAAAUCAUCAAUUGCUUUAAAAUGGAGAUCACCAUUAGAUGAUGGUGGACGUCCCAUUAAAAAAUAUCAUGUUGAGAAGCGCGAUAUGUCAAUGAAAGCAUGGCGUAGUGUUGGAUCCACAGAUAAGUUCAAUCUUGAUGUGACCGAGGUAUUAGAAGGAGCAACUUACGCAUUCAGAGUUUGUGCUGAAAAUGUGAUGGGAAAAGGACCAUGGACUGAAUGUCCAUCCGUUCUAUGCCAAGAUCCCAUUGAUGUCCCUGGAAGACCUGAAAGUCUUCGAAUUGUGGACAAGAAGGACACUUCUAUUGAACUCAGAUGGGCUCCACCACGAACUGAUGGUGGAAGAAAAAUCACUGGAUAUCUCGUUGAAUACCAGUCCGAAGACACUGAAGAAUGGAUUCAAUGCAACACAACUCCAAUGGAAUCCAUGAAAUACAUUGUGGAAGGGUUGACCACUGGAACAAAAUACCUGAUACAAGUUAAAGCAGUUAAUAGUGUAGGACAAAGCCAGCCUGCUGUUACCCCGUUGACUGAAGCUAAAGAGCCAGAUGCUGCUCCUGAGAUCUCACUUCAAGUUGGAAUCAAGGGGAUGCUGCAAGUACGUGCUGGGGAGAACAUGCUUUUGCCAGCAACUGUCUAUGGAGUCCCAGCUCCUGAAGUAAAAUGGACUAAAGAUGACGUUUCUCUUGAAGAAAGUGAAAGAAUACAAUUUACACGUAAAGAUAAAGAAGCUUCUCUUCUCAUUCCCAAUUGCAAUCGUGAUGACAGAGGCAUGUUUUAUGUUACUGCUUCUAAUUUACUUGGAAGUAAAACUGCAAAGAUUGAUGUUGAUGUAUUGGAUACUCCUUCCGCUCCAUUGAAUGUGCGAACUAACAAAGUCACUGCAGAUAACCUUAUUGUACUCUGGGAUACGCCCAUAGACAAUGGUGGUGCCGAUAUUCUCAACUAUAUUGUAGAAAGAUGUGAAGGAACUAGUAAUAACUGGGUUCCACUCACAAAUUCUGUUCUGGACACAAAGUAUAGAGUUUCAAAGCUAAACACUGGAUCUGAAUACAAAUUCCGCAUUGCAGCAGAGAAUAAAUUUGGAGUUGGUCAAUAUGGUGACUCUGAAACUGUUAUCGCAAAGAAUCCAUAUGAUCUUCCAGGACCACCAUUUAGACCAGAAGUGUCUGAAAUUACAAAAUCGUCAAUGGUUGUGACAUGGAAAGCACCAACAAGUGAUGGUGGUGCAGUAAUUGAGAAUUAUUGGCUUGAAAUGAAGGAUAAUGAAACUGGAAAGUGGAAAAAGGUUACAAGAUCUCCAAUUUCAAAACCAUUGACUGGGGACUGCACAUACAAGGUAACACAGCUGAAAUCUGGACUAGAAUACAAGUUCCGUGCAAGUGCUGUUAAUAAGGCAGGUGUUGGACCACACAGUGAAGACUCUGAACCUGUGGUUGCAGAGGAUCCUGUCUUUCCACCAAGUCAACCAAGCAUUCCAGAUAUUACUGACAUUACUGCAACAACAGUUUCAUUGAAGUGGACGAAACCCAAACAUGAUGGUGGUUCUCCUAUAUUGGGAUACAUUGUUGAAGCUCUUGAUGAGGUUUCUUUAGAGUGGAAGAAAGUAGAGUUCGAAGAUCAAGAACUUAUCGAAAAAACUGAAGUCACUGUUCCAAAUCUGCGAACUGGAUUUAAAUAUCAAUUCAGAGUAUCCGCAGUUAAUAAAGCUGGAAAAAGUCCACCUUCUUCUGCUUCUAGAGAUGUUGAUGUGAAAGAUCAAAUUGAGGCUCCAGUAAUUACUCUUGAAGUUGGAACCCAGAACGUUUUGGAAGUAAAGGCUGGAACAACUUGUAGAAUCACAGCAUUUGUAAAAGCCAGACCAGCUCCCGAGAUGAAAUGGGAAAAAGAUGAGAAGCAACCAAUUACAGAAACCUGUCUUGUUGAAAACACAGAAACACAGUCGACUUUAUCCAUUCCUAAAUGCGGUAGAGACCACAGUGGAAAAUACACAAUCAUAUGUAAAAAUCCCGGUGGAACCAAAUCUGCUUUUUGCAAAGUCAUUGUCAAAGAUACUCCUGGACCACCAGAAGAACUUACAGUAUCACAUGUGACUAAAAGAUCAGCAAGACUGAAUUGGAAGCCACCCACCAACGAUGGUGGCUCGAAAAUUCAGAAAUAUAUUAUUGAAAAACGCAGUGCAGAUGGACGCGCAUGGAUCAAGGUCGAUGCUUCCAUGUCUGGAACUCAAUGUACACUCAGUGAGCUUAUUGAAGGACAACGAUUCUUUUUCCGAGUUAGUGCUCUGAAUGCAAUCGGUGAAGGACCACCUGUAGAGACGAAAGAAUCAACUCUUAUCAGAGAUCCAGUUUCACCACCGGAUCCGCCAGCCCAUCUCAGAGUUACUGGAGCAAGUGCCACAAGUGUGUCAUUGCAAUGGAAUGUUCCUCAAUCUCUUGGAAACUUGCCAUUGAAAACAUACAUCAUCGAGAGACUGACACAAGAGGAGGUAGAUGGCAAAAUGGUGGACAAGUGGAUAAGAUGUAACAAGGAGGAUGUUAUGCAAACAACACACAUCGUUACUGGACUUGCUGAUAAAGACACUCCAACAUUCAGAGUCAUUGCAGCAAAUGAAGCUGGAACUAGCAGGCCUUCUAAUACGGUCGGACCAAUCCAAUGCAAAGAUGAAAUAGUGUUUCCAACUGUUGAUGCCGUGGAAUUCAAAGAACUUGAAGUUGGUUCAACUAUUGAUUUGUUUGCCAAAUACAAAGGUAAACCUACGCCUGAAAUCACAUGGAUCUUGAAUGAACAGAAACUUGAACCUACAGACAGACUGUCUUUCCACACAUCUGAUGCAACAUCCAAUCUGAUAAUCACAAAUGCUACUCGAGAGGACUGUGGUGUCUACCAAGUUAUUGCAAAGAAUGAAGCCGGACAGGCAUCAAAGAACAUCAAAGUCAAUAUUCUUGGUAAACCAGGUGUUCCAGAGGAGCCUUUUGAAUUCACUUCUGUUUCUUCCACUGGCCUAACUCUGUCCUGGAAUACUCCUAAAGAUGACGGUGGUAGCAGGAUCAGUCACUACACAGUUGAAAGAUGUGAAGUUGGACGUGAUUAUUGGCACACUCUGGGAGACUUCAAAGAUCUACGUCAUGCAGAUACCGGACUUAAGAAAGGAAAGAAAUACACAUACAGAAUCAGAGCCGUGAAUAGCCUUGGAAAGUCUAAUUGGGUUGAAACGGACAUCGUUGAAGCUAAAGACCCAUAUGAUCUUCCUGGAAUUCCUGAAAAUGUUGAAGUAUCUGGAGUUAGCAAAGACGCCAUGACUCUUUCAUGGGAAGAACCAGAGAAUGAUGGUGGUGCUAUGAUUUCUGGAUAUGCUUUGGAAAAGAAAUCCAGAAUUAAUCGAAAAUGGAGCAAAGUCACAGAUGAACAGGUUACAGGAACCCAAUACCGAAUCCGUGGGUUGACUGAGGGACAAGAAUACACUUUCAGAGUUGCCGCAGUCAAUGCUGCAGGUCAGGGUGAAUUUAGUGAGCCAACUGAGCCAACGAUCGCAAGGGUGCCAAUUGCACCACCUGGCAUCCCAGUGCCUGUUGUAAAUGAUAUGAGCAAAACUACAGUGUCUCUGAGUUGGACCCCUCCUGUUACUGAUGGUGGAUCUAAGAUUAAGGGUUAUAUCGUGGAAACCCAAGAAGAAGGUCAAGAAGAAUGGACAAAAGUAUCUCCAUAUGAAGUCCGCACAACUGAAUUUAUAGUUGACAAUUUGAAAGAAGGUGGAAAGUAUAAAUUUAGAGUUACAGCGGUUAAUGCUGCUGGACCAGGACAACCAGGAGAAGUACCCGGUGUUAUAACUGUAAAAGAAAAGACUGAAUCUCCUGAAAUUGACUUUGAUGCUUCUGUUAAAGACCAGAUUAUAGUUCGCGCUGGAGGAGUCAUUCGUAUAUACGCUUACAUCAAAGGAAGACCAGAACCUGACAUUGAAUGGGAAAAAGAUGGUGAACUUGUACCUGCUGAAGCAAGCAUUGAGCAAUCUGCAAUCAGUAAUACAUUAGUAAUCAAAGAUUGCAACAGAGGACAUUCAGGCAAUUACACGAUCAUUGCGAAGAAUCCAGCUGGGGAAAAGAGAUUCGAUGUUAAUGUCCUUGUGCAGGAUGUUCCUGGACCUUGUACCGACUUCCAAUGUAUCAAUGCAACCAGAGAUACAGUCUCUCUUUCUUGGUCGCCACCUGAAGAUGAAGGUGGUUGUGCGAUUACUAACUAUGUACUUGAAAAGAGAGAAUCUUCAAGAAAAUCAUGGACAAGAGUAUCAAUGACACUGACAAGGACAUCGACUGUUGUACAGGACUUGAUUGAAGGCGAAUCUUACUUCUUUCGUGUAUCAGCUGAAAAUAUGUUGGGAGUUGGACCAGGUGUAGAAAAUAAAGAGGCACUUCUUGUAAAAGCUCCAGUCACUGUUCCAAGUCGUCCAGAUGAUCUCAAAAUCACUGAUGCCAGAAAAGAUACAGUCAGUUUGAAAUGGAAGGCUCCUAAAUCUGAUGGUGGAUUACCAGUCACUGAAUACAUCAUUGAGAAACGACAAGUUGGAAAAGAAGAAUAUGUUCCAGCUACAGAGGAAGUUGUUUCUGAAACUUUCCAUGUUGUAAAAGGAUUCAAAGAAGGAGAUCACUUUGAAUUCAGAGUUCUCGCUAAAAAUGAGAUCGGCGUUGGUCUUCCAUCGUUCCCAACUAAACCAGUUAUCUGCAGAGACAUUAACGAACCACCAACUCUGGAUCUUCAAGGUCGGGAUAAAAUUGUGGUUAAAGUUGGUGAUGAAUAUCGUGUAAAUGUCAAAUUUACUGGCAAACCUCAACCUACCAUUACAUGGGAUAGAGAUGGAACUGAUGUUGCUACUGAUGACAGGGUUAAGAUUAAAACCAUUGAAACAUCCAGCACACUUGAAGUAUCCAAAGGAGAUAGAACUGACACUGGAUUGUAUAAAAUUACUGCAAGUAAUACUGGCGGACAACGCGAUACCAAAGUGUACAUUGCAGUUGUUGAUAAACCACAACCUCCUGAAGACCUCGAAGUGAAAGAAGUAACAAAAGAAUAUGUUAUUCUAACCUGGAAUGCUCCUAGCGAUAAUGGUGGAACUGAAAUUCUGAACUACGUCAUUGAAAGGAGAGAAAUCUCCAGAAAUGUGUGGUACACUGUAAAUGCCAGCACUCUCAAAACAGAAAUGAAAGUUGGCAAACUUGCUGAAGGAAAUGAAUAUAUAUUCAGAGUUAUGGCUGAAAACGCUCAAGGACGCUCUGAGCCUGUUGAAACGCAGGGGGUUGUCGCAAAGGAUCGAUACCGAGUGCCAGAUGCCCCAGACUCCCUUGUUGUGAAAGAGAUUUAUAAAAACAAUGCUCAAUUAGAAUGGAAUGAACCAUACGAUGGUGGUAAAGAAAUUUUCAAUUACAUUGUUGAACGACGUGAAACCAAGAGCACAAGAUGGAUGCGAGUUACCAAGGAUCUUAUCAAUGAAACUGCCUACAAUGUUACUGGUUUAUACAAAGGCAAUGAAUAUGAAUUCAGAGUUGCUGCUGAGAACAGUAUGGGAAUUGGUGCAUAUUCUCUUCCAACUAAACCUCUAACAGCUGAAGAUCCUAUCACACCACCUGAUCCACCAAUGCUUCCUGCUAUUACAACUAUUACUAAAAACUCUGUCGCUGUGACUUGGUCAAAACCAAGAAACGAUGGAGGUUCUCCUGUAAUAGGGUACAUCGUUGAGACCCAGAGAGCAGGAACAGAAGCUUGGAAGAUGUGGUGUACACAGGAAACAUUAAAAGAUACUUCAUUUACUAUUCCUGACCUGAUAGAAAACAAUGAGUACAGAGUCCGUGUUUCUGCUGUAAACAAAGCUGGACAAAGUGAACCUGCUUAUGUGAAAGGAUCUGUUGUUGUACAAGAGAAGCUUGAAAUGCCAGAAAUUGAUCUUGAUGCAAGCAUUUCUCGUGAUCAAACAGUCAAAGCAGGAACAACUGUAAAUAUCAAAGCAACUGUACGUGGAAAUCCGUUCCCCACAUUAACCUGGUCUCUCAAUGAUCAAGAUUUGGACAAGGACCGUUGUGUGAUUAAGGAAGAUCAAAACACUGGUCUUGUUACCCUACAAAUUGAAAAAUCGGCAAGAACAGACAGUGGACGCUACACCUUAGUUGCUCAGAAUCCAGCUGGACGUAAAUCUUUAUCAGUGAUGAUCAGUGUUUUGGAUUCUCCAGCUCCACCAUCACAUAUCAGGAUCUCUGAGAUUAGAAGCGAUUCUUGUUACCUGAAAUGGAAAUCACCAAAAGACAAUGGUGGUGCUGUUGUUACCAACUAUAAAGUGGAAAAAUCAAGCAAAGAAACUAAAGCGUGGAAACCAGUGUCUCUGUCGACACAAAAGACUAGUCUGUUGAUUAACUAUCUGACUGAAGGUCGAACGUACAAAUUCAGAAUUGCUGCUGAGAAUCAGUUUGGCUGCAGUGAUUGGGCAAUGUCAGAAGAAAUUCUUGCCAGAAAUCCAAUCAAGGCUCCUGGUCCACCAAAAGAUCUCGAAAUUGUUGAUGUGGACAAGAAUUCAUUAACAGUGGCUUGGUCUAAACCUGACAGAGAUGGAGGAUGCCCAGUAGCCGAAUACAUCGUGGACUAUUGCAUUAUGGGUAUUGAGUCUGAAAUAGAUAUGCUGAGGAAAUCAGGUGUUCAAGUUCCGGUUAUUGAUGAAAACUGGAUUCAUUUUGACAACAUUAGCGAAAUGAAAUGUGUUAUUCCAGAUUUGAAAGAAGGAACUCUCUACAAAGUUCGUGUUCGUGCAGUAAACGAAGCUGGAGAAAGCAGACCCGAUCAUACUUCUGUUCUUGCACCAAAGCAAAAACUUGUUCUCCCAACUGUAGAAUUGGAUUUGAAAGCACAAGACGGACUUUCAGUACGUGCUGGUACUACUGUUCGCAUAUCUGCUAAAUUCUCUGGAGUGCCGAAGCCUGAAGUCAAGUGGAGUAAAGUUGAUGGUACAAUACUUGAAGCAAGUGAUACAUUCAGCAUUGAUACUGACGAUAGUUCCACUGUCUUGACAAUGAAAAAUGUUCAAAGAUCAGAUUCAGGAGAUUUCACAAUUUCUGUACAGAAUGAAGCUGGUAUCAAAGCUGCAUCUGCUCAUGUCAAUGUGCUAGACCGUCCAUCACCACCUAUUGGACCUCUCAAUAUUGUUGAAAUGACUCCUGAAUAUGCCGUCAUAUCAUGGCGUGAACCGAAGGAUGAUGGUGGAUCUCCAAUAACAAGCUAUGUUGUUGAGAAGAAAGAUACAUCUAAACAGACAUGGGGUAUUGUGAGCUCGAAAGGCACAAGGACAAAGUGCAAAGUACCAAGACUUAUUUCAGGGAAAGAAUAUUUAUUCAGAGUAAAAGCUGAGAAUAAAUAUGGUGUCAGCGAUGAACUAGAAUCAGCUCCUGAAGUUGCAAAACAUUCAUUCGAUGUUCCAGCUGCACCUGCUGCACCAACAUUAACUGAAGUAUCUGAAACAGCAUGUACUGUCCAUUGGCAGUCUCCUGAAUCGGAUGGAGGAAACCCAGUGACUGGAUUUUAUGUUGAACGCCUGGACAAGCAAACUGAAAAAUGGUCAAAGAUUUCUCAUGAACCUUUGUCAGGAUACAGUGUCCGGGUUAAAGGACUGAUAGAAAAACGUCUUUAUGCAUUCCGUGUGUAUGCUGAGAAUGAAGCUGGAAUUAGUCAACCUUCCCUUGAAUCUGAGAUCAUUAAGGCUUCACGUCCAAUGACCGUCCCUGGACCACCUAUCAAUCCCACUGUUGUCGAUUUUGACAAAUCAUCUGCUGUUCUGAAAUGGCAGAAACCAUUGAAGGAUGGUGGAAGCUCAAUCCUUGGAUAUUUCGUUGAAUGCCAAAUUCAAGAAGGCGACAAGCCAGUGUGGCAGGCAAUCAAUAAGAAAGUUGUUGCUGCAUGCCAAUACACAGCAAAGAAACUUGUGGAAGGCAAAGAAUACAGAUUCAGAGUCAGUGCACUGAAUGAAGUUGGUGAAGGAGAAUCAAAAGAAGUUGAUGGAACAUUUGUGAUCAAAGACCAAAUUGAAGAACCUGUUAUUGAACUUGAUGCUGCAAUGUCUGGUCGUAUCAAAUUCCGUGCUGGACAAACUAUCAAGUUAUUUGCUCGUGUCAGUGGAAAACCAGAGCCAACAGUUGAAUGGAUGUUUGGUGAUAAGACCAUUGAUGACAAAAGAGCUCAAAUCGAGAAGACUGAUACUGGAUAUACUCUUACAAUGAAAAAUGCACAACGUUCUGAUACCGGAUCUUAUAUAAUAAAGGCAUCAAAUGAAGCCGGUGAGAAGCAAGCCAUGCUUGACAUCAAUGUUGUUGAUAAACCUGGUCAAUGCAAAAAUCUUACUGUCAGUUAUGUGACUAAAAAUUCAUGCAUUGUCAAGUGGGAUUAUCCGGAUGAUGAUGGUGGUGCAGAUAUCACCGGUUUCACUCUAGAAUUGAAGGAACCUUCAUCUGCUGGAUUGAUGUCUUUGGGAUGGACAAUCAUAUCUUCAGAAGGCACAAAAAAGAUGAUAAAGGUUUCUCUGCUGGAAAAUCACCAAUAUAUGUUCAGAGUGUCUGCUGAAAACAAGUGUGGGGUGGGAGAGCCCCUGGAAUAUGAGAAAGCUAUCAUUGCUACUGAUCCAAUUCAAGUACCACAACCCCCACGCAAUGCGAAAAUUGUUUCAACUACUCAAAAUGCUGUCUCUUUGACUUGGAACAAACCAGAAUGGGAUGGUGGAAGUCCAGUUAUUUCUUAUCAAAUUGAUGCAACAAAACGUGGAACUGAAGAACCUUUAGAAUUUGAUACCAAAUCGGAUGAGUGUUCUUUCACUGUUUCUGACUUAGAGGAAAAUGCUCAAUACCGAUUUGAAGUAAUGGCAAUUAACAAGCAAGGUAUGAGUGAACCAUGUGUCAUUCAAGACUAUGUAACAAUUCGUGAAGAUACGGAAGCUCCGAAGGUUGAGAUCACAACUUCGCAAGUCAAAGGAACUAUCAUUGUCAGAGCUUCGACUGAUAUCAUCAUUGCAGCAAAGGUUACUGGACGUCCAACUCCAGAGUCUAAAUGGACUCUCGAUGGAAAUGACUUAUUCAAGGUAGCCAGAUCAAGUAUAAAGUCUGGCGAAGACUUUUCUAAAAUUACGAUCAAAAAUGCAACAAGAAAAGAUGUUGGAACCUAUGUUCUUACUGCAGAAAACAAAUGUGGAAAAGCUAAGACAUCAGUUAAAGUAAACGUCAUUGACAAGCCAGGACCUUGCACUGGACCUCUCAACAUCAUUUCAGUUCAGAAGGAUAAAUGCACAGUAUCAUGGGCAGCACCUGAAGAUAAUGGCGGAUGCGAAAUCACCAACUACUUGCUUGAGAAAUGCGAGACCAGUAAAAUGAUUUGGUCGGUUGUUUCAUCGUCUGUUACAGCUUGUGCAUUUCAAGUACCAAGGCUUGUUGAAGGAAAUGAAUAUAUAUUCAGAGUGAAAGCUGAGAACAAAAUGGGUGUUGGACCAGCUAUUGAAUCUGUCCCUGUUGUAGCAAAGAGUCCAUAUGACAAACCUGGUGCACCAAAUAAACCAGAAAUUACCAAAGUUGGGAAAGAUAAUGCCAUGGUUACAUGGUCUGCACCUGACAAUGAUGGUGGUCGUGAAAUAUCUGGUUAUUAUGUGGAAAAACGUGAGAAGAGAGGUGUACGUUGGUCACCUUGCAAUACCAAGGCAACUAUGGACAGGAGAUUGAAUGUUACUGGACUUCUCGAAGGAUAUGAAUAUCAGUUCAGAGUCAAAGCUGAAAACGAGAUUGGAAUUGGAGAACCGAGCGAACCAUCCAAACCAGUUAUUGCUAAGGAGCUUGUUGAAGUACCAGGGCCUCCUUCCAAUCCUAAAGUUGUCGAUACAACCAGAUCAUCUGUUACUGUAAAAUGGGGAGUUCCUGCUUUUGAUGGUGGGUCAAAGAUCAUGGGUUACAUUCUUGAAUCCAGUGUCGAAGGCGAAGACGAUUGGUCUAAGAGCAAUGUUGGUGUAGGUCCCAUGCAAUCAACUGAAUUUACUGUUCCUGGAUUAAGGGCUGAAAAAUCAUACGUAUUCAGAGUAGCUGCUAUCAAUGCUGUGGGCACUGGAGCCUAUGCUUUUGUUCCUGGAUCUGUUCAACCCAAAGAAAUCUUGGAAGAACCUGAUAUUGAUCUUGAUGCAGAAAUGAGAAAGAAUAUUGAACUUAAAGCCGGACUCACUCUCAGAUUAUUUGCUACAAUUUCUGGUCGACCAGCACCGGAGAUUACAUGGACAAAACAGGGCUUGCCUUUGACAAGGAGAGCUGAAGUCGACACCAAAGAUUACAUGACGACUGUCAUUGUACCAGACACUAGCAGAGAAGAUUCUGGAAAAUAUACUUUGACUUUGAGCAAUGCCAAAGGAACUAAAUCUAUCAAUAUCAACGUGAAAAUUCUAGAUUCUCCUGGACCAGUCUCAAACAUAAUCAUCAAGGACAUAACUUCAACUUCAGCGCAAGUAUCAUGGACUCCACCUGACAAUGAUGGUGGUUCUGAAGUUUACAAUUACAUUGUUGAGAAACGUGAAGCGGACAAAAAGACCUGGUCGACUGCCACAACUACUUGUUCAAAAACUGCCUUCAGAGUUCCUAAGCUUAUUGAAGGUAAAGACUACUACUUCAGAGUAUUGGCUGAAAACAACUAUGGUAUUGGAGUUCCUGCUGAAACUACAAAACCAGUCAGAGCAAGGGAUCCAAUAACUGAACCUGGACCCGUUAACAGACUUCGUGUCACUGAUAUUGGAAAAUCCUCAGUUUCUCUGACUUGGGUGAAACCAGAUCAAACCGGAGGUGGACGAAUUACAGGAUAUCUUGUUGAAUACUUGGGCGAAGGAAAGACUCAGUGGUCGCUUUUCCGCACUGUUGUGGAAACGGAAGUAACAGUUGUUCAACUUGUGACUGGAAACAAAUAUCAAUUCCGUGUCAAAGCUAGAAAUGAGGAACUUGAAGGUCCUGCACGUGAAACUGAAAUUUUGGAGGUGAAAGAACCUGCAGAAUCUCCAAUUGUGACUCUUCCGAAAGAAAUCAAAAUCCGGGCAGAAGAAAAACUUCUUAUUGAAGGCACUGUUUCUGGCAAGCCACAUCCAGUAACUUACUGGCUAAGAAAUGGUAAAGAACUGAUUGAAAGUGAAAAGCUUUUGCUUCGCAAAUCUGGAGCUUCUGUAUCUUUGACUUUGCCAAAUGCUCAUCGAUCAGAUUCAGGAGAAUACACUCUACGGGCUGAAAACAUUCAUGGCAAAGUGGACACCGUUGUUAAAGUAGAAGUUCUGGAUCGGCCAAGUGCACCAAAUGGGCCAGUCGAAUUCAAAGAUAUUAAUAUAGAUUCUGUAACACUAGUUUGGCAAGCACCGGAAGAUGAUGGUGGCUGUCCAAUUAGCAACUAUAUUGUGGAAAUGUCGGAGGCUGAAUUCCCUGGUUUCCAGGUCGUCAGCAGUACUGUGUCGCGUACAACUCUUCGUGUGCCAAGACUUACAAAGGACUGUGAAUAUAUAUUCAGAAUUAAGGCUGAAAAUAAGUGUGGUUUAAGCGAAGCCUUGACAUCUGAACUUGUCAAAGCAUCCUACCCCUUCGAGCCUCCAGGCCCACCACAAGACUUGAUUGUUAGCAAAAUUGGAAAGGAAGCAGCAACACUCACUUGGGAACCACCAGAAAGUGAUGGUGGAAACCAAAUUGAUGGAUACAACUUGGAACGAAAGGAAUCAAAUAGCUUAUUGUGGACACAAGUCACCAAGAAUCCUGUUAAAAGACGUGAAUACAUAGAUACUGGCUUAGUUGAAGGAUUAGAAUACACAUUCAGAGUACAAGCUAGUAAUACUGCUGGAUUUGGACCUUUCUGUGAUGCCACUGAACCAAAGGUUGCCAGAGAUCCUUGUGAUGCUCCUGGCAAACCUGUGAUCGUAGAUGUGACUAACACAUCAGUGCAACUCAAAUGGGCUGCACCAAUAAACAGUGGGGGAUCGAGAAUUAUUGGAUAUGUUGUUGAAAAACAAAGAUUACCAGAUACAAAGUGGAGCUUGGCUGUAGCUACAAGAACUCCUGAUGCUUUUGUAACUUUGACUGAUCUUGAAGAAGGUGAACGAUACUGUUUCAGAGUUUGUGCUAAAACAACAAUCGUUACUUCACCAUUCUCAGAAGAAACUGAAGCGAUUUUAAUCAGACAAGCUAUCGCAUCUCCUAGAAUCGAUCUGGAUGCCAUGUGCAGGAAUGGUGUUGAAGUUAGAGCUGGCCAAGAUAUUCUAAUUGAAGCAACAAUAUUUGGCAAACCUAAGCCAACAGUGAAAUGGACAAAAGAUGACAUUGAACUUAAGUCUUCUGCUGAUGGAGCUAUGAAAGUAGAAACAUCAUUAAACAGAACUAGCAUUAUUAUUAAAUCAUCCAAAAGAUCAGAUUCUGGCAACUACAUUCUGACUUUGGAAAAUCCCAGUGGUACCAUCACAGCUACAGUUAAAUGCAAGGUCUUGGAUGUUCCAGGAGCGCCGGAAAAACCAGCCAAGUUCUCAAAUGUAUUGGCCGAUAAGUUGAAGCUUUCUUGGAAUACACCACUCAGUGAUGGUGGUGCUCCAGUGACCAAUUACAUUGUUGAAAAGCGUGAAACAUCUCGGCCAACCUGGGCAAUUGUAAAUGGCAAUGUUAUUGGAACUGAUCUAGCUAUAACCAAACUUGUGCAAGACCAUGAAUAUGAAUUCAGAAUAUGUGCUGAAAAUAAAUACGGAAUUGGAUCACCUCUUCUAACUGAUCCUGUGAUUGCAAAGAACCCCUUCACUGUGCCAAGUGCUUGUGAAGCUCCUAUUGUAACCAAUGCAACUAAAGAUCAUAUGACUGUUGCUUGGAAACUUCCUGAGAGUGAUGGUGGAAAACCUAUCACAGGUUAUUACCUAGAAAAGAGAGAAACUAAAGCUGUGCAGUGGAACAAAGUGAACAGACGUCCUGUAUCAGAUCGCACACUAAAAGUAACUGGUUUGAUGGAAGGUGCAGAAUAUGAAUACAGAGUUAUUGCAGAAAAUGUGGCAGGAAUGGGACAACCAAGCCAGGCUUCUAAACCAGCCAGUGCAGUUGACCCAACAUAUCCUCCAGCACCACCAGGCUUUCCCAAAGUUAUCGAUACAACUAGAAACUCUGUUGAAAUUGCAUGGACAAAACCAGCUUAUGAUGGUGGAAAUGCAGUUACUGGCUAUAUUGUAGAAAUGGCAAAUCCAGAAAGCCCAGAUGAUUUCAGAAAGGUAGCUUCACCAUCUAUUACCAAGUACACAAUGACUGGACUUCAAGAAGGCAGAGAAUAUCAUUUUAGAGUGAAAGCGUACAAUUCCAUCGGAGAGUCUGAGCCAAGUGAUGUACCAGACGCUGUUGUUCCCAAGGAUAUUCUGGAGUUACCAUCAUUCGAAUUGGAUGCAACGUUGACUAAAACAGUCUGGGUACGUGCUGGCAACACUAUCAGACUAUAUUGCACUAUCAAAGGUCGGCCUGCACCCAGAGCAAGCUGGUCUAAAGAAGGCGAAGAACUUCAGCUUGCCAGAACUGAUAUCAAGACUUCAGAUUGGGAUACCUUACUACUUAUUCCAGAUUGCAACAGGGAUGAUUCAGGCAAAUACAUUCUUUCUCUUGAAAACUCCAGUGGCACAAAAACAGCUACUGUUACAGUAAGAGUCCAAGAUUCUCCUGGACCCCCUGGACCUAUUAAGGUCAAAGAAAUUACAUUGGAGUCUUGCGCAAUUACUUGGGAAGCUCCAGUGAAUGAUGGUGGAGCUCCAGUGACUAACUAUAUUGUGGAAAAGAAAGAAUCGACGAGAAAAGCUUGGUCUACUGUUGCAACUCAAUGCACAAGAACAUCAUGCAAUAUUCAAAAAUUGGAAGCUGGAAAAAGCUAUCUCUUCAGGGUUAUGGCUGAAAAUGAAUUUGGAAUUGGCAUACCAUGUGAGACUCCAGAUCCGAUCAAGAUAACACAAGAACCAGGACCAGUACAGAAACUGGAGGUGGUCGACACUACUAAGACAACCGCAAAAUUAUCAUGGGACAAACCAUCUCAUGAUGGUGGAAGCAGAGUGUCUAGAUAUUUGAUUGAAAUGACUCCGAAGGACACGGAGGACUGGAAGGAAGUCUCUACAGUUAAAACAUUGUCACAUAAGGUCACCGGACUGAUCGAAAACCAGGAAUAUAUCAUUCGUGUUUCCGCAAUAAACGAGGCUGGCACUGGUCAACCAAGAGAAAGAUACUUUACAGCAAAAGACCAGAUUGAAGAGCCUGUUUUCGAUCUUAGCAAGUUGCCAAAUAAGACAUUCUCGAUCCGUGAAGGAACUCCAGCAAGAAUAAAACUUCCUGUGACAGGAAUUCCACAACCAGAAUGUUCUUGGUCACAAGAUGGCCAACCUGUCAAAGAAGACACCAGAGUUGGUUUUGAAACCACUGCAACCUCUUCUACUAUGGUUCUAAAGGAAGCAAGAAGAGAGGAUGCAGGUGCAUAUACUGUGACAGCAUCGAAUGCAGCUGGAAAGAGAACUUGCGAUCUCAAAGUACUUGUUGUAGGCAAGCCAGGAGCACCAGAUGGUAGACUUGACAUUACUGAGCUUACUGCUGAAUAUGCUGUACUAAGCUGGAAGCCACCAAAAGAUGAUGGAGGCUCUGAAAUUACCAACUAUGUUGUCGAAAAACGAGAUAUGAUGACUGGUAACUGGACUUUGGUGACAUCGUCUAUUGCACGAACAACAUGCAGGGUAUCUGGACUUCUUGGGGGAAAUGAAUACACCUUCAGAGUUAUGGCCGAAAACCGACAUGGCAUCAGCUCACCCGUUCUUUCAGACACAGUUAUUGCAAAAUAUCCAUUCGAUGUUCCGCAGCCACCAACUGCUCCAGAGGUAUCUAAUAUUAAACGAGAUUCUAUGGAAAUUAGCUGGGAACCACCUGCUAAAGAUGGAGGCUCUCCUAUUACUGGAUAUAUUCUAGAGAUGAAAGAAAGAAACUCUAUAAUGUGGAAAAACAUCUGCAAGACUCAUAACAUUGAAUAUCGGGUACAUGGCCUCACAGAAGGGUUGGAAUAUCAAUUCCGUGUGAUGGCUCUCAAUCAAUCUGGACAAUCUGAACCUUCACCAUCCAGCACUGCACACUUUGCUUUGGAUCCCAUUGAUCCACCGUAUAAUCUGUCAGUGUAUGGAUCAACCAAUGACUCUAUUAGCCUGCGAUGGGAAGUACCUAAAUCGAAUGGUGGACAUAAAAUCGUUGGAUAUGAUAUUGAAAAACAAAAUCUUCCCGUGAAGCAAUGGCUCAAAUGUAAUAUCAGCAACAUUUCAACUACUGAUUUCACAGUUCCUAAUCUGACUGCUGGGGACAAUUAUAAUUUCCGUGUGAUUGCAAAGAAUGCUGCUGGAAAUGCUUCAGAACCAUCAUAUCCCACAGGAGCGAUUGUAUGCAAAGAAAAAUUUGAAACUCCUUCAAUUACACUGGAUGCAAGUUUGAUAGAAGGAUUGACUGUAAGAGCUGGUCAAAUCAUUCAACUCAGAGCUGCAAUUGAAGGAAAACCAGUCCCUAAAGCAACUUGGACACUCAAUGGUGAUGACAUCCGUGAACGUGAAGGAUUAAAACUUGAGAAAACUAUUACUCAUGCAACUCUGAUUGUGAAGGACGCAAAGUUGGUUCACAGUGGGGAAUAUGCACUUACAGCUUCUAAUAAAUAUGGAACUAAAACUGUGACAUGCAAAGUGAAUGUUCUUGACAAGCCUGGCCCGAUUGAAGGACCGAUCAAAAUCAGUGGCAUUUCUGCAGAGAAAUGCAAGUUGGCAUGGGGAGAACCGAAGCAAAAUGGUGGAAGCACAGUCACUAACUAUAUUGUAGAAAAGCGUGAAACUAGCAGAUUGUUAUGGACAGCGGUUGGGGAAUCUGGAAUGCAUUGCAACAUCGAUUGCACAAAGUUGAUUUCUGGAAAUCAAUACAUAUUUAGAGUUUCAGCUCAAAACAAAUAUGGAGUUGGACCACCUACUGAAUCUGCACCUAUUAUUGCGAAAAAUCAAUUUGAUGUUCCUGGUAAACCUGGAAAACCAGAGGUUACAAAGACAACUAGCAAUUCUAUGACUCUCACCUGGGAAAGACCUGCUUCAGAUGGAGGCGAUGAAAUCAUUGGCUACCAUUUAGAAAGAAGAGCAAAGACUGGUUUGAAAUGGAUCAGAUGCAGCAGAGAGUCAGUACGUGAGAACAGACUCAGGGUGACUGGUCUAACUGAAAACAAUGAAUAUGAAUUCAGAGUUUCAGCUGAAAACAAAGCUGGCAUUGGACCUGUUAGUGAUACAUCAGAGUUGGCAACUGCUCGAGAUCCAAUAUAUGUUCCUGGCACUCCAAAUGCUCCGAACAUGAAGGAUUCAACAAAGACAUCAAUUACUCUAGUGUGGCCAAAACCAACAUACGAUGGAGGUUCCAGAAUCACAGAAUACGAAGUUGAAAUGGCUCUUGCAGGAUCAUUUGACUUUGUACCAGUUAGAAGUACUGUCAGGAAAAUUGCAAUGGAAGAAUGCAUCAUACCGGACCUCAAUGGGGAUAUAAAAUACAGGUUUAGAAUCAUUGCUAUCAAUGCAGCUGGAAAAUCAGAGCCAGGUGCUGCCAGUAAUGACAUGAGUCCAGUUGAUGUAAUUGAAGCUCCAAACUAUGAAUUGGAAGCCGAUAUGCGUCAAACAAUAACAGUCAGAGCCGGUGGUUCAAUCCGCUUGUUCGUUACAAUUCGUGGACGGCCAACACCAGAAAUGACAUGGACGAAAGAGGGUGGAAUACCAACAGACCGCAGCUCUAUUGAAAGUACUUCAUCCUACAGUCUUUUGAUUAUAACCAAUGCUAAGUGUAGCGAUGCUGGAAAAUAUGAGCUUUUACUGGCUAAUCCAGCUGGUACCAAAGUUGUUGGCAUCAAUGUCAAAGUUUUGGAUGCUCCAGGACCAGUUCAAAACUUGGGUGUCAAGGAUGUUACCAAGAAUAUGGUGUAUUUGCAAUGGGAUGCUCCUAAACUUGACGGUGGUGCAGCAGUUACACAAUACAUAGUCGAGAAAAAACUCUCUACACGUAAGGCAUGGUCGACAGUUUCUGCUGAUGUUCAGAGAGAAUCCUUCAAAGUCACUGGAUUAGAAGAAGGUCAAGAAUAUUUGUUCAGAGUUAUGGCAGAAAACAAAUUCGGAAUUGGUGAACCGGCUGAAACAAAAGAUGUCAUCCGAACUUCAGAGCCGCCAUCACCACCAAGAAGCAUGUCUAUAGCUAACGUUACUAAGAACUCUGUUACUCUAAACUGGACUAAACCUGACUCUGAUGGAGGCAGUCCCGUCAAUUCUUACAUUGUCGAAAUGCAAAGAACUGAUUCAAAUACAUGGGUUGAAAAAGCUACAACAAACAAACAGAAUGCCACUGUUUCUGAUCUCAUCGAAGGGUAUUCCUACAACUUCAGAGUUCGUGCUAGAAAUGUUGUUGGAGUUGGUGAGCCAAUUCAAACCAUUCAUCCUGUUAUUGCUAAAGACGAUGUUGCCAAGCCAGAUGUCGACCUCAGUGCAUUGUACAUGGGAUCAAUCAAUGCUAAGGCUGGAUCAAAUAUUUCAUUGAAGUUGCCUUUAUUAGGUCAGCCAACACCUACAGUACAAUGGCGUCGAAAUGGUGAAAAUUUAAAAGAAAGCCAACGAGUGAACUCUGAAACAGCUGGCAAUGAAACCAUACUCAAUAUAAGGAACUGUGAACGAGAUGAUGCAGGCACUUACGAAAUUGUUGUUACAAAUGCUACUGGAAGCAAAGUCAUUCCUGUCAAGAUUGUGGUUUUCGAUCGACCAAGUGCACCUAAAGGUCCAAUUGAGACUAGUAACAUCACUGCUGAUUCAGUUACAUUGAACUGGCUUGCACCAGAACACGACGGAGCAGCACCUGUCAACAAUUACAUAGUUCAAAAGCGAGAAAAGGAGAGUGAUAAAUGGGUAGAGGUUGCUGGUGCCGUCGCCAGAACAACAAUCAAAGUUUCACAUCUAAAACGUGACCAGGAAUAUAUUUUCAGAGUUAAUGCUGAGAAUAGAUUCGGAAGGUCUGAACCUCUGGACUCUGCUCCAGUGCUAAUUGAACACCCGUUCAAAGUUCCUGAUGCUCCUGGUGAACCACAAAUCAUCAAAUGCACAAGUGAUUCUAUACAACUAGAAUGGGAACCACCAGUAAAGGAUGGAGGUGAAAAAAUCUUUGCCUACCAUGUUGAAAAGAAAGACCGAAAUUCUAUCUUGUGGACUCCUGCUAUACGAGGACCUGUGAAGGGCAACACAGCAAGGGUCACUGGACUCACUGAAAACCUUGAAUAUACCUUCCGUGUCUGUGCUGAAAACAUGGCUGGAAUUGGACAAUUCAGUAAGGUUUCUGAAGCUGUGAUUUGCAGAGAUAAAAUCGAUGCCCCAUCUCGUCCAGAAGUUACAGAAAUUGGUAGAAACACUGUUACUCUUCAAUGGAAGAAACCUGCAUAUGAUGGCGGUGCCAGAAUUACAGGAUACGUCAUUGAACGAAGAGAACUACCUGAUGGCCGUUGGUUGAAGUGCAACUUCAGCAAUGUGUCGGAUACCUCAUUUACUAUAACUGGAUUGACUGAACAAAAUGAAUACAUAUUCAGAGUUUUGGCUAAAAAUGUAGCCGGCUCCUCAUCAGACUACUCUGAAGAAUCAUUCCCAGUAGUCUGCCGUGACGAAAUUGCUCCACCAAGAAUUGAGUUUGACGCUAAACUGAGAGACACACUAGUUGUGAAAGCUGGGGAUACAGUCAAGCUUGAAGCACAUAUAUCCGGUAAACCACAACCUGAAAUCAAGUGGGAGAAAGAUAGCAAACCUGUUGAAGAAACGCCAGCUUUGAGUAUUGUGAAUACUGACAAGCUAAGCAUGGUUCAAAUCAAGGAUGCAAAACGCACCGAUUCUGGACAAUACACUAUCAACCUCAAAAAUAUCACUGGCUCUAGAAGCUUGAGUGUUAGCGUAAAGGUCCUUGAUAGUCCAGGUCCACCUGACUCUGUCACUGUGUCUGAUAUAUCUGCUGGACGUGCUAAACUUUCUUGGACUGCUCCAUCUGAUAAUGGUGGGGCUAUGGUCACUCAUUAUGUUGUGGAAAAACGGGAAACAAGCAGACUCACUUGGACACUUGUUGAUAGCAAUGUCGAAGGAAAUAGUCUCAAAGCAUCAAAUUUGAUUGAGCAUAAUGAAUACGUUAUCCGUGUAAUGGCUGUGAACAAAUAUGGCCAGGGAGAGCCAAGGGAAUCAGAACCAUUCACUGCUGAGAAUCAAUUCUCUGCUCCAGGAAAACCAGGACAGCCUGAUGCCUCUAACAUAACAAAAGAUUCCUGCAUUGUAACUUGGGAAAGACCAAAGAGUGAUGGAGGAUCUGAAAUAACCAACUACGUGCUUCAGAAACGUGAUAGGAAAGGUACUAGAUGGAUUCGUGCAACUCGAAAGAACAUCACUGAGACAAGAUUCAGAGUCACAGGAUUGAAUGAAGGAACAGAAGUUGAAUUCAGAGUCUUGGCUGAAAAUGCCGCCGGACAAGGAGAACCAUCGGAACCAUCUACUUAUGUUACAAUUGUAGACCCAAUAUAUGCACCAGGUCCUCCUGCUGGAACAGCUGCAACUGAUACCACACGAACAAGUGUCACACUUGGCUGGAAAAAGCCAACUUAUGAUGGUGGUGAAGUUAUCACGGGAUAUCAUGUAGAAUAUGUCAAACUGAAACCAGGUCAAGAACGGCUAACUGAUGAUGAUGUCUGGACUAAAUGUGUCAUGCCAGUAGGGUUCAAAGAUCAUGAAUUCACCAUUGGCGGAUUGUCAGAGAAUGCUGAAUAUAUGUUCAGGGUAUCUGCCACCAAUAGAGCUGGCAUCGGCGAAUCUGCAAUGGUGCCUGGAAAAGUAGCAGUGAAAGAUGUUCUACUACCGCCAGACAUGGACAUUGAUGCAAGUCUCAGACAGGCACUCAAGGUUAAAGCUGGAAACUCCAUCAGACUUUUUGCCACAUACCGUGGAAGUCCUGCACCCACUGUCACUUGGAGGAAGGAUGAAACAAAUCUUCCGAUGCAAGCUCAUGUCGAUACCACAGACAGCACUACAUUGAUGCUGAUUGAAAAUGCUACAAGAAACCAUGCUGGAAAGUACUCUCUUACUCUUGAGAACAGCGCUGGUUCGAAGACUGCUACAGUGUCUGUAGUUGUUCUCGACAGUCCUUCUGCUCCACAAAAUGUAAAAGCGAAAGAUGUUACAAAAGAAUCUGUGACAUUGACAUGGGAACCUCCUGAGAAUGAUGGCGGAAGCAUCAUUGUGGGAUAUGUUGUUGAAAAAAAAGAAACCACUAAGAAAGCAUGGUCGACUGUCACAAUCAAUUGUGUUAGAAAUUCAUUCAAGGUACCUAAUCUUGAAGAAGGAUUGAGUUAUUACUUCAGAGUAAUGGCUGAAAAUGAAUAUGGCAUUGGUGCACCAUGUGAAACAUCAGGCGCCAUCAAGGCUUCUGAAGUACCAAGUGGACCAGGCAGAUUGGAAGUCACACAAACAACUGCUCGAAGUGUUACUCUUGCUUGGACUAAACCAGAUUCUGAUGGCGGGAGCAAAAUCACAGGAUAUCUUAUUGAAUACAAAGAAAAGGGCACAGAUGAGUGGAAAUUAGCACCACAAGUUAAGCAGUUGACUGGAACUGUUGGCCGACUGACUGAAGGUCAUUCUUACUAUUUCCGUGUGAAAGCUAUCAAUGAAAACGGAGUUGGAGAAUCAAGAGAAUUGUUCCAGGCAGUAACUGCUAAAGAUGAAGUUGAACCCGCUGAAAUUGAGACCAAUGGACUGCCUGCUCUCUGUUUCUAUGCUAAGAAAGGCACAGACCUGAAGGCAAAAGUCGUUUUGCGCGGAAAACCUGUACCUGAAGUAGUAUGGAUGAGAAAUGGCCAAGAAGUAAAGCAAACCAGCAGAGUUAACAUUGAAAAUGAUGACAAUUACUCAACCUUGACUUUGAAGGAUUGCAAUGUUGAAGAUGCAGGUGACUAUGAAGUGAUUGCCACAAACACAUUGGCGAAAGUGACUGUACCGGUUCAAAUAGUUGUCUACGAUAAACCUGGAGCUCCUACUGGCCCUGUUCAGUUCGACUCUGUCUCAGCGGAGUCUGUACAACUAUCAUGGGAAGCGCCCACUGAAACUGGUGGAUGUGCUAUUUCUAGUUAUAUAGUGGAAAAGAGAGAAGCGACGAGCACGGUCUGGACUACAGUAUCAGCUGCUUGUGCUCGCACAACAAUCAAAGCUCCCAAACUAGUCAAAGGAACUGAAUACGUUUUCAAAAUCAGGGCUGAAAAUCGCUUUGGUGUUGGACCAGCUCUUGUUUCUGAUAUAGUUGUUGCAAAACAUGCUUACUCAGAACCAGGACCUCCGGGACUUCCUCAAAUUGUUCGAGCGACAAAAGAUUCUGUGACCGUGAAAUGGACUGAGCCUACAACAGAUGGUGGAUCUCCAAUAACUGGAUAUCAAAUGGAACACAAGGACAAAAACUCAAUAUUGUGGAGGGCAACCAACAAGAUUGUGAUCGCUGGCACUGAAUAUAAAGCAAGUGGUCUUGAGCACGGACUGGAAUAUGAAUUCAGAGUCUAUGCUGAAAAUGCUGCUGGUAUUGGAGAGCCUAGCAAAAUAUCUGAAUCUGUUGUGUGUCGCGACCCUGUGGAUGCCCCAUCGCAACCAGAAGUUCUUCAAGUUGGACGAAAAUAUGUUACAAUUGAAUGGAAAAAGCCAGAAUAUGAUGGAGGAAGUACACUGGUUGGAUACAAUAUUGAAAAAUGUGAAUUACCAUCAGACAAAUGGUUCAAAUGCAACUACAGUAAUGUGGUUGACACAUACUUCAAAAUUGAUGGUCUGACUGAAAACUCAAAAUACCAGUUUCGAGUUAUAGCUAAGAAUGCAAUCGGUACCAUUUCUCAACCUUCUGAACCGACAAGUCCAGUUAUUUGCAGAGAUGAGUUGGAACCACCAUCUAUUGAUUAUGAUUCUAAAUUGCGUGAUACUCUAGUAGUAAAAGCUGGAGAUGCAAUUAAAUUUGAUGCCCGUAUUUAUGGAAAACCGCCACCUGCAGUUCGCUGGACUAAGAAUAACAGAGAUCUUGAUGUGUCACCCCGAGUGAAGAUUGGUCAUACUCCAACACAUACUUCGGUUGAUAUAACAGGCAGUACAAGAAAAGAUACUGGUCAAUACACAUUGUAUGUUACCAAUGAUGCUGGUGAGAGAUCGUUGACUGUUCAAGUAAAAGUCUUGGAUAUUCCUGGACCAGUUCGAAAUCUUUCUGCCGAAGAUAUCACUGCCAACAAAUGCACUUUGACCUGGGAUUCACCAGCAGAAGAUGGUGGAAGUGAAAUCACUAAUUAUGUUGUAGAAAAAAGAGAAACUAGCCGUGUAUCUUGGACACAAGUGUCAUCUAAUGUUCCUACUCGAUAUAUUAAGAUUGGAAAUCUGAUAAAAGAUCAUGAAUACAUUUUCAGAAUUCGUGCUGAAAACAAGUUUGGUGUUGGUGAUGCAAUUGAAUCCCAACCAAUUGUUACCAAGAAUCCAUUCACAGUACCUGGUGCACCUGGAAAACCAAUCCCCACCAACGUUACCAGAACUGGUUUGAUUCUUACUUGGGAUCGACCAGAAAAUGAUGGUGGCUCUGAAGUAAUAAAUUAUGUUCUUGAAAAGCGCGAAAAACUUGGUGCGAAGUGGACAAAAGUAACCCUUCGUCAAAUUCCUGAGGCAAGGUUUAAAAUAACAGGUCUACAAGAAGGACAGCAAUACGAGUUCCAGGUUUCUGCUGAAAAUUCUGAAGGAGUAGGCAAACCUGGUCCUUGCUCAGACUCCAUCACUAUCCAAGACCCAGUCUAUCCGCCAGGGCAUCCAAGAACACCAAAAGUUGUUGAUACUACUCAGACAUCAAUCACUGUAGAAUGGGGAGCUCCAACUUAUGAUGGUGGAAGCGAAAUCACAGGAUAUGCUGUGGAAAUACUCCAUGAUUCGUCUAAAGAUGAGGAUUGGAUUGUUUGCACCCCAAGUCAAGGUGUACCAGAUACAAAGUAUGCAAUAACUGGCUUAUAUGCAGGCAAAGACUAUAGAAUCAGAGUCCGAGCUAUCAACUCUGCUGGAAUGGGUGAACCAAGCGAACUCCAACAAGCAUAUCAACCCAAGGAAAUCCAGAUUCCUCCAGAAAUUGAACUCGAACCACAGAUGGGGCAAUACAUCACUGUUCGUGCUGGUGCUUCUAUUCGUAUGUUCUGUGUCAUUCGUGGACGACCAACACCAACAGCGAAAUGGUCCAAAGAAAAGGGUGAAAUUAACCCAAUGGCAAUGAUUGAUACAGAUGAUUUCUCAACACUUUUGCUCAUCAAUGAAUGCACAAGAGAUGACGCUGGAAGAUACAUUCUAACACUUGAGAAUUCAUUUGGUACCAAGGCAGUUUCUAUCACGGUAAAGGUGCUUGAUACUCCAGGUCCAGUAGGAAGCUUAAAGGUCAAAGAAUUGACACUUGAACAUGUCACAUUAACAUGGGAUGCCCCGGAAAAUGAUGGAGGUUCUGUUGUCAGCAACUAUCUUAUUGAAAAAAGAGUUUCAACUCGCAGAGCUUGGCAAUCUGCCGGCUCAACGAUCUCGAGAACCUCAUUCAAAGUAACUGGACUUGAGGAAGGAGAAUCCUAUUUCUUUAGAGUAAUCGCUGAAAACGAGCAUGGAUUGGGAGUACCUUGUGAAACAAAACAUGCACUAAAGAUUUCUGAGGCCCCAAGUACACCAGAGAAAAUUGAAGUGAAGAAUAUCUUGGACACCAGUGCAACUGUGGAAUGGACCAGACCCGAGCAUGAUGGUGGAACACAAAUCACUGGCUAUAUUGUUGAGUACAUGCUCAAAGGUAGCCAAGAUGCAUGGACUGUCGCUGCCACAACUAAGAAUUUGCAACAAGUUAUUGAUAAGCUGACCACAGGGAAAGAUUACGUUUUCCGUGUUCGUGCUCAGAAUGAGACCGGUGUAUCUGAUGCUCGUGAAUCUGGUGCAGUUACUAUCAAGGAGGUUGUUAUCUCGCCAACCAUUGACAUGAGCCAGUUCUUUAAUAAUACUCUAUCUCAGAAGGUUGGCACUAACGUUGAUGUUUUCAUACCGUUCUCUGGCAAGCCGCAACCUACAGCAAUGUUUCAUAGGAAGGGUGAAACGCUCAGAGAAACCAGCAGAAUCAACUCUGUUAUUUCAGACUCUGUAGCCAAGCUUCAUAUCACUAAUCUCACUCGUGACGAUGGUGGCUCUUAUGAAUUACAUGCAAGAAAUUCUGCCGGAUCACAGAUGGCUACCUUGAAGCUAGUGGUAAUGGAUAAACCAUCAGCACCAUUAGGUCCAGUGAAAUUCAAUGAAAUCACUGCAGAAUCUAUCACUAUUUCCUGGUCACCUCCUGAAGAAGAUGGUGGAACCCCCAUCACACAUUACACAGUCGAUAAACUUGAUGCUAAUUUGGGUUGGUUGGAAGUAUCCAGCUUUGUGGUCCGAACAUCACAGAAAGUAACUCGACUCACAACUGGACAAGAUUACAUAUUCAGAAUUCGUGCUGUGAAUAAAUUUGGAAUUUCUGAUCCACUCGAGUCUGAACCUGUGACGGCAUGUCAUCCUUUCACAGUACCAGGGGCACCUGGAACACCACAAGCAACAACAGUAUCUAAGGACUACAUAGUUUUAAAAUGGGAAGCACCAGAGUCUGAUGGAGGAUCGCCUAUAGUUGGUUAUCACAUUGAAUGCAAAGAUCGUAAUUCAAUCCUGUGGGUGAAAGCAAACAGCUAUCCAGUUCGUGAUGCUUCUUUCAAAUAUAAUAAUGUGUCCCAAGGGCUUUCAUACGAAUUUAGAGUGUACGCAGAAAAUUUGGCAGGUACUGGAAAGUACAGCAGGAUUUCCGAAGCCAUAGUUGCAAGAGAUGCGAUUGAACCACCAAGAAAUGUUGAGACUGUUAGAGUAAAUCGUACGAGUGUUGAAAUACAAUGGCUGAAACCAGAAUAUGAUGGAGGAAGUAGAAUUACUGGAUAUAUCAUUGAAAAGAAAGCUUUGCCUGAUGAAAGAUGGAUGAAAUGUAAUUUCAAUAAGGUUAUUGAUACACACUUUGAAAUUGAUGGUCUAAUUGAAGGAAAUGUAUAUGAAUUCCGCGUUAUGGCUGUAAAUGCAGCUGGUAGUACCAGUGAACCCUCUUUAUCUACUGGACCAGUAACUGCCAGGGAUGAGGUUGAACCAGCUAAAGUAGAUGUGGAUGCAAUUUAUCGGGAUGUUGUAAAUGUGAGAGCUGGUGAACCAUUCACACUUGAAGCUCACAUCAGUGGAAAACCAACCCCUGUUGUUACAUGGCUUAAGGAUAACAAAGAAUUGGCACCAAAAUCAGAUCUUACUAUAAAUGUUGCUGAUAAAACAACGAGCAUAACCAAGAAAAACAGCAGCAGAGAGGACAGUGGAACUUAUACAGUCAGAGUGAAAAAUGCUGCCGGUGAACGAGCAGUUGCCAUCAAUGUGCGCAUCCAGGACACUCCAGGACCAUGCCAACAGCUUCUUGUUUCUGGUGUCACAUCAGAAAAGUGCAUGCUCGCUUGGCAACCUCCAAGACUUGAUGGUGGAGCCAGAAUUACUGGAUAUUCAAUUGAAAAACGAGAAACUUCAAGGUUGACAUGGACCAAGGUUGCUGAUUUCUUAGAAACAAAUCACCAUAAGGUAACUGGACUUCUACGUGGCAAUGAAUACAUCUUCAGAGUAAGGGCUGAAAAUAAACAUGGCUUGGGAGAGCAAGCAGAAUCAGAACCUGUAAGAGCUGUUGAUCCAUAUGAUGUACCUAGUGCUCCAGGCGUGCCUGAGAUUGGCACUGUCAUGGGAACCAGCUGUACCCUUACAUGGGAAAGACCAUCGUCUGAUGGGGGUGCCGAUAUUUCAGGAUACAUUGUUGAGAGGCGUGAAAAGAAUUCCUCUCGCUGGCUGAGAGUAAACAAAAACUUGGUAUCUGACAAUCGUCUAAGAGUGUCCAACCUUAAAGAAAGUUCUGAACAAGAGUUCAGAGUUUAUGCUGAAAACAGAGCUGGAGUUGGAGCAGUCAGUGAAUCUUCUGGAUUUGUAUUGCUUAAAGAUCCGGUAUAUCCUCCAGAAGCGCCUGGAUUACCAAGAAUUAUUGACACCACAAGAGCUUCUGUGACACUUCACUGGACUAGGCCUAUGUAUGAUGGAGGCGCUGACAUUGUUGGAUACUCUGUUGAAUAUGCUGAAGAUUCUAGACCAGCAGGCAUUGAGCAAGAUGAUGCUGAGCUGCAAUGGAGCCAAGCAGUUGGCAAGGCUGACUUGCGCACAACCACUUACACUGUUGGGGGUUUAGCUAAUGAGAAAAAAUACAGAUUUAGGGUUAAAGCACACAAUGUUUUUGGACCAUCUGAACCCUCUAUUUGUCCUUCUGUAAUUUCACCAGUUGACCGACAGGAAGCUCCUGGACUACAUCCAGAUGCAGAACUUCCUAGGUCAUUGACAGUUCGAGCUGGUGGUUCUAUAAGAUUCUCUGUGCCAAUAUCUGGCAGACCAUCACCAAGUGUAUCUUGGAGCAGAACCAACAAUGGUUUGCGAGAACGGGCAAUAAUUGAUUCCACUGGAACUAUGACCACUCUGAUAAUUGAAAAUGCUAAUCGUGAUGAUACAGGUCGAUACUCACUCGCAUUGAGCAACGACAGUGGAACGAACACUGUUUCAGUAAAUGUCAAAGUGCUUGACAGUCCUGGACCACCCACUGAUCUAGUUGCGACUAAUGUCACUAAGAACUCUGUAACAGUAUCAUGGAAACCACCAGAAAUAGAUGGUGGAAGCAAUGUUACAAAUUAUAUAUUGGAACGACGAGAAGCAACUAAGAAGGCUUGGUCAACAGUUGAAACAUCAUGCCAGAGAACCACCUACAAGUUUACCAAACUAAUGGAAGGUUGCAGCUAUGUGUUCCGAGUACUUGCUGAAAAUGAGUACGGCAUCGGCGUUCCAGCUACAAUGCGAGAUCCUAUUAAAGCUUCAGAAGAGCCGGGUAGCCCUGGAUCACUGAAAUGUGUUGAUAUUACAAAGGAGAGCGUUAAAUUACAAUGGACUAAACCAGAAUAUGAUGGAGGAAGUGAAAUUCUUGAUUACUUGUUGGAAUAUCAAAUUAGAGGUUCUGACAAAUGGACACAACACCCACCAUUGAAGUCCUCCGUUUUCAGCACCGUAGUAACUGGUCUGACUGAAAACCAACAAUAUACUUUCCGUAUCUCAGCUAGAAAUGAAUCUGGUAUUAGUCAAUAUAAUGACUUGUCUGGAUAUGUUCUUGUGAAAGAUCAAACUUCUCCUCCUGACGUGGAUUUGGCAGGAAUGAGUCAAAAAAUUGUUGAGGGAAGAGCUGGAAAUAAUAUUGUUGUUGAUAUUCCUGUAAAAGGCAAACCCUUUCCAAGCAUCAGUUGGACAAAAGACAAUGAAGUAGUAAAUAUAACAAGUCGAAUCAAUUAUGAAACCAUUGACAAUUCUGCCCAGCUGACGAUAAAAAAUGCAACUCUUGAAGAUGGAGGAAACUACCAGCUUCUUCUUGAAAAUUCGGUUGGAAGCAAAAAAGUACCAGUAAUCGUCAAAAUACUUGACCAUCCAGCAGCACCGGUCGGACCAGUAGAAUUCAGUAAAGUCACUGCGGAUUCUAUGACAAUUUCAUGGCGUCCUCCGCUUGCUGAUGGAGGCAGUGCGGUCAACAACUACAUUGCAGACAUGCGCGAAACAUCAGGAAGUGCCGAUUGGAAAUUACUUUCUGGCUCAACUGCUAGAAACACUUUGAAGGUAUCAAGGUUGAUAACUGGAACUGAAUAUCAAUUCAGAAUCCGAGCAGAAAACAGAUUUGGAAUUGGGAAACCUUUGGAAUCUGAACCAAUUCUGGCUGAAUACCCAUUCAAAGAACCGGGAGCUCCAGGCACACCAGAGGUAGUAGCAUCUUCACGUGAAACUAUCACAAUAAAAUGGCAAGAGCCUGUGAGUGAUGGCGGAUCCAAGAUCAUGGGAUAUCAUGUCGAAAGAAAAGAUCGCAAUGCCAUUUUAUGGAUGAGAGCAAGCAAGACAUUACUAAGCGGCACGGAAUACAAGGUGACAAACUUGGAUGAAGGAUUGGAAUAUGAAUUCCGCGUUGCUGCAGAAAACAUGGCUGGAAUUGGUAAAUACAGCAAACCAUCAGAACCUUGUGUUGCACGAGAUGCUGUAGAUGCACCAAGAAAUUUGGAGGUUGUGGGUGUUACAAGAAAGUCUGUUCAUUUACAAUGGCAAAAACCGGAAUAUGAUGGAGGAUCUAGAAUUACUGGAUACAUCAUUGAAAGACUUGAGCUUCCUGGAACACGGUGGUUGAAAUGUAACUUCAGUAAUGUUUCUGUGACCAACUUCAAUGUCGAAGGUCUCAUGGAAGACACAACAUGUGAAUUCAGGGUGUUUGCUAAAAAUGCAGCGGGAGCUGUCAGCUUGCCAGCGAAGACUCUCCAACCGGUGGUUGUAAAAGAUGACUUGCAACCUCCAACAAUUGACAUGGAUUCUAAGUACUCAGGCGUAAUCACAAUCAAAGCAGGGGAAACAUUGAAAUUAGAUGCCGGAAUCAGGGGAAAACCGACGCCUACAAUGACAUGGAAGAAGGAUCAAGAUGAAUUGAAACCUACUACACGAGUUCUUAUCAAAAAUACCGAAGUAUCAUCGUGCGUUGAAGUUCAUGAUACAACUCGUGAUGACAGUGGAACAUAUUCUCUGAUGGUGCAAAACUUUGGUGGCAGCAGGUCAUUAUCUAUUCAAGUCAAAGUGCUUGAUAAGCCUGGCGCACCUGAAGGACCGGUCCUGAUUUCUGGUAUGUCUGCAGACAAAUGCAUGAUUUCAUGGCAUCCACCUAAGAAUGAUGGCGGGGCUCCAGUUACUAAUUACAUUGUCGAUAAAAGAGAAACCAGCCAUCUUGCAUGGGUUCUGGUCAAUUCAAAUAUCGAAGGAACUACAUGCAGAAUUGGUAAACUUCUGGCUGGCAAUGAAUACAUAUUCAGAGUGAGAGCAGAGAAUAAGUACGGUGUAGGUGAUGCGGUGGAAUCAGCAGAAUCUGUUGCAAAGAAUCCAUUCACCAUUCCAUCUAGCCCUGGAGCACCAGAGAUCACUUCAGUAACUAGAAGUUCUGUGACAUUAUCCUGGACUCGUCCAGUGAAUGAUGGUGGCUCAGAAAUAACUCAAUACAUUGUUGAAAAGAAACAGCGCAAUGGAUCGAGAUGGAUCAGAGCUAACAGACAGAGGGUUAUGGACUUGCGAUACAAAGUUAUAGACUUGAUAGAAAAUCAAGAAUAUGAAUUCAGAGUGUCUGCAGAAAACGCGGCUGGCGUCGGGCCAGUAUCUGAAACAUCACCAUUUGUUUUGAUUCAGGACCCCAAAUAUCCACCAGAGGCUCCUUCACAUUUCCAAGUUGACGAUACUACAAAGUCAUCAGUUUCUCUUAGUUGGGCACCACCAACAUUCGAUGGUGGAAGUAAAAUACUUGGAUAUGUAGUUGAGAUGUGUAAAAUCAAGAAACGAUCAGGCUCCGUCUCUUCUACCACCAGUCGGGAGCAAUCUAGAGAUGAUUACAGCAGCAUCUUAUCUGCAUCUACUGUGCAAGAUGACGAUAUGCCACAAUCACCAAUAUCAUCAACUGGUGAUGAUUGGUUGAAAGUAUCAGGGACGCAGUUGGUUCUAGAUACAUUCUUUGUUGUUACUGGUCUGAAGGACAAAUACCGGUAUUUGUUUAGAGUGGCUGCUGCCAAUGCAGCUGGGGUUGGAAUUCAUGCUAUGUUGAGAUCGCCAGUUGCUUGUGUUGAAAGAUAUGAAGCACCAGAAUUAAUCUUGGAUGAAACUGUUCGUCGACAUGUUACCGUCAAAGCUGGUGGAACAAUCAAUCUAUUCAUUGCUUAUAGAGGAAGGCCAGUGCCUAGUAUUACAUGGGCAAAGGCAGAUACCAAGGACGAAGUAUUGAGAAAACGUGCUGAUAUCGACACCACCGAUCAUCAUACUACACUUGUAAUCAAUGAUGCUAACAGAUAUGAUGCAGGAAGUUAUAUGCUUUCUAUUGAAAACAAUCAAGGAUCAAAAGACUUUGUCUUUGCUGUAAAGGUAUUGGACACAUCCGGCCCAGUAUCAGACUUGCGUGUGGCCGAUGUCACCAGCAAUUCUGUUACAUUGAAAUGGCACGCACCUGAAAACGAUGGGGGAGCAGUUGUUACUAAUUUUGUCAUUCAAAAGAAGGAAACUGCACGCAAAGCUUGGACAACCGUCACAACUGAUUGUUCACGCAACUCGUACAAGAUUACUGGCCUCAAUGAGGGAGAUGUGUACAUGUUUAGAGUUCUCGCUGAAAAUUCCCUCGGACUUGGGGAGCCGGCAGAAACUUCUCCUGUCAAGAUAUCAAUGAAGCCGUCAGCACCAGGAAAACUCAGUUUUAUUGAUUCCACAAAUUCAUCUGUGAUAUUGGCUUGGACUAAACCAGAACAUAAUGGAGGAAGUGAUAUUACUGGAUAUGUGGUUGAGAUGACUCCAACAGGAUCGGAAAAAUGGCAACAAUGUGCUUCUGUAAAUGCAUUAACUGCAACAAUCAAGAAUCUGGAGCAAGGCAAACAAUAUAAUUUCCGUGUCAGAGCUAAAAAUGAGAAGGGUCUUAGCGAUUCAACCUCCAUGGCACCAGUAACUGUGAAAGAGCUAACUGAAUCUGCUGAUGUUGAUCUGAGAGAUUUGCCCGUUGGUGGUAUUCACAAGAGGGCUGGAACCAACAUUACGAUAUCUGUGCCAAUUAAAGGAAAACCAAAACCUGAAAUCAAGUGGAAGAAAGAUGGUGAUGAACUGAAACAGACUUCAAGAGUUUCAACAUCAACAUCGGCGCUGGACACAACUAUAACUAUUAAAGAUUGUCAACUAACUGAUUCUGGAAAUUACGAAAUUAUUGCAAAGAAUAGUGCUGGCGAAAAAACUGGAAAAUUCAAGAUAACGGUUCUUGACAGACCAGGACCAAUCUCUGAUCUGGCAGUUGAUAGUGUAACUGAAAGCACAGUAUCAUUGACAUGGACUCCACCUACUGAAGACAGUGGUUGCCAGAUUAGCAAUUAUGUUGUACAAAUGCGAGAAUCUGAUUCGGAUAUGUGGUUUGAUUGUGCUGCUACAGCUGUCAGACCAAAAAUAAAGAUCACCAAACUAACACUUGGAAAAGAAUACCAAUUCCGUGUUGCAGCUGAAAAUAGAUUUGGAUGUGGCAACUUUGUUGUUUCUGAUAAAGUACUAGUUGAGUUCCCAUUCAAGGUUCCAGGACCUCCCAGCACACCCGAGGUGUCUGCUGUCACCAGUGAUCACAUCAUCAUUCGCUGGAAUGAGCCUGUUCAUAAUGGUGGAAGUCCAGUUACUGCUUAUCAUGUUGAAAUGAAAGACCGAAACAGCAUAUUGUGGCGCAAGGCAAACAGAAUUGAUAUUCAUGACACAUCAUUCAAAGCUACUGGACUUCAGUCUGGACUUGAAUACGAAUUCAGAGUUUAUGCGGAAAAUGCCGCCGGUUGUGGAAACCCAAGUCACUCAAGUGGACCAAUCAUGGCGAUUGAUCAAGUCUCUCAGCCACGUAUGGUAGAAGUCACUGGAGUAACAAGAACAACUGCAGAUGUGGUCUGGAUAAAGCCAGAAAAUGAUGGUGGAGCACGAAUUACUGGAUAUACUAUUGAACGCCAAGAGCAGCCAGAUGGACGUUGGUUAAAAUGUAACUUCAGCAAUGUUUCAGAGUGCAAAUUCACAGUCACCAGUUUGAUGGAAAACACAACAUAUAAAUUCCGAAUCAUAGCUAAAAAUGCAGCUGGCUCUGUAUCGCAGCCAAGUAUUCCAUCUGAAGACAUAACUUGCCAAGAUGUGUUUACACCACCAAGAUUAGACCUUGAUCCAAGCUUAAGAGAAACAAUUGUUGCUAAAGCCGGAGAAAACAUCAAAAUUGCUGCAUCCAUAUUUGGAAAACCACCACCUACAGUUACCUGGAGCAAGGAAAGGGUUGAACUUGAACAUUCACCAAAGACUGAAAUUAAUGUAACAGAUUCAUCUACAACUCUGGCCAUAAACAAUGCCAACAGAGACGAUUCUGGCGAGUACUUACUGCAACUGAAGAACUCCGCUGGCACAAGAUCAAUUGCAAUCAACAUUAAAGUUCUGGACCGUCCAGGACAAUGUGUUGGGCCAUUGGAAAUCGGUGAGGUGACUUCAGACAAAUGUCGUCUAACUUGGAAAGCCCCAUUGAACACCGGAGGUGCGCCUGUCAUGCAUUACGUUGUUGAAAAACGAGAAACUUCACGAUUAACUUGGAGCAGAGUUGAUUCAGCAGUUGAAGCAUUGACUUUAAAGGUUGCUCAUCUUCUGAAAGGCAAUGAAUACAUAUUCAGAGUAAUGGCAGAGAACAAAUAUGGAGUAGGAGUUCCACUUGAAUCAGCUCCCAUGUUGGCAAAAGAUCCUUUCACCCUUCCUGGAGCACCGGGAAAACCAGAGAUUUCAAGUGUGAGCAAAAACUCUGUUGUUCUCUCAUGGACUCGCCCAGAAUUUGAUGGAGGAAAUGAAAUUACUGGAUAUCAUAUUGAAAGAAAGGAAAGAAAUUCAGUUCGAUGGACUAGAGCAGUCAGAAGAGCUGUCACCAGCCUACACCACAAAGUAUCAGGCCUGACAGAAGGCUAUGAAUAUGAAUUCAAAGUUGCGGCAGAAAAUGCAGCCGGAACUGGUGUCUUUUCCAAUCCUAGCGCUCCUGUAAUGUGCCAGGAGCCUGUCUAUCCACCUGGACCAACUGGAAUUCCCAAACUUGUAGACUCAACAAGAAGAUCAGUUACUUUGUCUUGGACUCCACCUUCUUUUGAUGGUGGUGCGGCUGUUGCUGGUUACCAUGUUGAGGUGUGCCCUGCGGAAGCUGACACAGAAACCUGGUCAAAAUGUACACCUUCCACUGGUGUUAAGUCAACUGAAUACACCAUUCCAGAUUUGCAGGAGGGUAAGCAAUACAAAUUCAGAGUGCUUGCAUUCAACACUGCUGGCCUAGGUGAUCCAUCUGUACUUCCAGUUGCUGUUCAGGCGGCAGAAAGAUUUGAACCUCCUGAAAUAUCUCCUGAUGGUGAUCUCAGAAAGAACUUAGUUGUGAGAGCUGGAAAUUCUAUCAGGAUUUUUGUACCUGUCAAAGGAAGACCUGCCCCGACCAUUCGUUGGACAAAAGAAGGGGUUACAAACCUUGGCGAUCGUGCCCAAAUUGAUUCAACAGAUUAUGGAACUACUUUGCUUAUAUCUGAAGCAAACAGAGAUGAUUCUGGAAAAUACAUUUUACAUCUUGACAACAGUUCUGGAGCUACCUCAGCAAGCUGCAAUGUUAAAGUGCUAGAUUCUCCAGGACCCUGCCAAAACUUAAAUGUCAACGAUGUAUGCAAAGAUUCUGCAGUCUUUUCAUGGCAACCACCAUUAAAUGAUGGAGGAUGUCAUAUCACAAACUACAUUGUUGAAAAGAAAGAGUCUGGUAGAAAAGCAUGGUCAACUGUGAACACUGGAUGCCAGAGAACCCAUCUGAAAAUAUCUUUGAGCGAAGGAAUGACUUAUUUCUUCCGGGUCAUGGCUGAGAAUGAACAAGGUAUUGGUGUCCCAGCUGAGACUGAGCAACCUACCAAAGCUACUGAAGUACCAUCGUCACCAGAGAACUUUGAACCUAUUGAUGUCACUAAAUCAUCAGUAACUUGGCAAUGGAGCAAACCAGAACAUGAUGGGGGAAGCAAAAUACUUGGAUAUGUUGUUGAGUCACUUGAGAAAGACCAGAACAAGUGGGUCAAACGUGCAACGGUCAAGGAAACGCAAGCCCGCAUUCAAAACCUAAAAGAAGGACGCGAAUAUGCUUUCAGAGUCUCUGCUUUCAAUGAUGCCGGACUUUCAGAUCCCAGAGAAGCCAGUUCAUUGGUGAUGAUCAAGGAUACUUUACUAACUCCAACCUUGGACUUGCAGCAAUUGCCACAUGGUGUUAUCCAUGUUAAAGCUGAUACUACACUUAAUCUUGAGAUACCAUACACUGGAAAACCAGCUCCAAAAAUCAAGUGGGCAAGAAACGGUGAACGAAUUAAAGAAGGCAAACGCAUCAGUUUUGAAAGCCUUAGACCAUCUAUCGCAUUAUUACAAGUGAAAAAUGUCACACAAGAUGAUGCUGGCGAGUAUGAAAUUGUUGCCGAGAACCAGGCAGGAACAAAAUCUGCUAAGAUCAAAGUUGUUGUUUUGGAUAAACCAGGUCCUGUUAAAGAACUUACAGUUACUGAAGUUACAGAUGUGUCAGCAACACUGAGCUGGAAAUCCCCAGUGUCUGAUGGAGGGUCAGCAAUAAGUUCAUACAUUGUUGAUCUUCGAACAUCUGAAGAGCCAACAUGGAGAGAAGUCUCAUCCUCUGUUGUUCGCAAUACAUUCAAAUGCACCAAACUAGUCCUUGAUAAAGAAUAUACAUUUAGAGUAAGAGCAAUCAACAGAUUUGGACUAGGGCCUGUGACCCUGACUGAACCUGUUGUCAUCCAACUUGGAUAUUCGGUUCCUGAAGCUCCAUUGGCUGUCAAAAUCACUGCUGCAUCCAAAGAAUCUAUGUCAGUAAAAUGGGAAGCACCUGAAAAGGAUGGUGGCAACCCAAUCACUGGAUACCACGUUGAAGGAAAAGACCGAAAUAGCAUAACAUGGAAGAAAAUGAACAGGUCUUUGAUCAGAAGCAUGCAAUUCAGAGCUACUGGUCUCCAAGAAGGACUUGAAUAUGAAUUCAGGGUAUAUGCUGAAAAUGCUGCUGGAAUCGGUAAACCAAGCAAACCUUCUGCUACUGCAAUUGCCAGAGAUCCUGUAGACAAACCAAGAGAUGUUGAAGUUGUAGACAUCAGCCGCUCAGCUUGCUCACUUCGCUGGAAGAAGCCAGAAUAUGAUGGUGGGCAAAAAAUAGUUGGAUAUGUAGUGGAAAGGAGAGAUUGCCCUAAUGGAAGAUGGACAAAAGGAAGCUUCAGUAUCAUACCAGACAAUGAAUAUACAGUAACUGGAUUAACUGGUGGAAUGGAAUAUGAGUUCCGCAUCAUUGCCAAGAAUGCUGGAGGAGUGUUUAGUGAACCAUCUCACAGUACUGGACCAGUGAAAUGCGAGGAUGAUUAUAAACCACCACGAAUUGAUCUGGAUCCUCAUCUCAUUGAAGAAGUCAAAAUAUCAGCAGGUUCUACACUUCGUUUGCACGUUGGAGUACAAGGCAAACCGACACCUGCAGUGGUUUGGUCUAAAGAUGGCUCUGAAAUUCGAUCAGACAUUAGACGUGUAUUAGACAGUGCUGUGGACCAUAGCAGUCUUGUUAUAAAAGACUGCAGUAGGUCAGACACUGGAACAUACGAAGUUACAGCAAAGAAUGCUUGUGGGGAGAAAACUGUACAAAUUAAAGUGCUUGUACUGGACAAACCUGGACCUCCAACUGGACCAGUUAAAUUCUCAAGAUUGACUGAAUCUAGAGUUACCCUUGGCUGGGAAGCACCCGUACAAACUGGUGGCGCCAAGAUCACUGGAUAUGUUGUUUCUAAGAGAGAAACCUCUAGAUUAACAUGGUCUGUUGUAUCGGAAAUGGUUGAACAUUGUUCCCUCACUGUUCAACGUUUAAUCAAAAACAAUGAAUAUCAGUUCCAAAUACAGGCUGUAAACAAGUAUGGAGUUGGAGAACCCUUGAUAUCUGAGCCAAUUAUUGCAAAGAACACAUUUUCUGAGCCAAGUGCACCUGGUAUGCCAGAAGUGAGCAGCGUUUCAUCAACUGGCUGCAUUGUCAUGUGGACAAGACCUGAAACAGAUGGUGGUUCCGACAUUGAAGGAUAUGUCUUGGAACGCAGAGAAAGAAGAAGCCCAAGAUGGAUUAAAUGUAGCAAGAAACUCAUCAGAGAUUUGAGAUUGAAGGUCACUGGUCUUACACCCAACAAUGAAUAUGAAUUCCAGGUUGCUGCUGUUAAUGCAGCAGGAACUAGUCAAUUCAGUGCUGCUUCUUUUUGUGUCAUUAUGAGAGACCCCAUUGAUGUUCCUGGACCUCCAAGUAACUUCCGUAUCAAGGACAGCACAAAGUCUUGCAUCACUCUGGCUUGGAACAAACCAGCAUAUGACGGUGGAUGCACGAUCACUGGUUACAUGGUUGAAAUUAAAACUUUGGACAAGGUGGAUGAACAAACUGAAGAAAGCGAAGGCUGGAAUGUGAUUGCUAGUGAUAUCAUUAGCACUACGUAUGAUGUUAAAAGAUUAUCCAACGAUAAGUUUUACCUGUUCCGCGUUUCCGCUAUCAAUAAGGGUGGAGUUGGUGAACCAGCAACAUUGAUUGGUGCAGUAAAACCAGAAGACCGACUUGAACCUCCUGACUACGAGCUGGAUUCAUCUCUGCGUAAAACAAUAAUAGUCAAGGCAGGCAGUUCAGUAAGUGUCGAUGUUCCUAUCAAAGGAAGACCCACGCCGAAUAUCACUUGGACUAAAGGUGAUGUCAAUGUAACGACAAACCCUCGAAUUCAAGUUGAAAAUACUGCAGCAAAAACAAGAUUGAUUAUACAGGACUGUAACAGAGAUGAUAGUGGAAAAUACUCCCUUGCUUUAGAAAAUGCCAGCGGAGUUGGAAAUACAUUCAUCAGCAUUAAAGUUCUUGACACUCCAGGACCUCCUGGGUCAAUCAGAUUGAAGCAUGUUACUCAAGAAGAUGCUUCAAUUGCUUGGGAUGCCCCAGCAGUUGAUGGUGGAUCAGAGGUGUUCAACUACCGGGUAGAAAAACGAGAGACCACCCAUCGGGCAUGGACUGUCGUACAUGCUGAAUGCAGCAAGACUGCUUGCAAGAUUGAUAACUUACAAAGAGGUGCAAGCUAUUUCUUCCGUGUUAUGGCACAAAACUCGCAAGGUCUUGGCGUUCCAUCAGAAUCAGAAAUGGUUAUUGCUACUGAAAAUCCAUCUCCUGUCAAUGACCUAAAAGUCAGUGGUAUCACCAACCACUCCAUUUCCUUACAUUGGGUAAGACCUGAUCAAGAUGGCGGCACUCCUAUUCAGAGCUAUCAUGUGAAAUAUGCAGAAAAGGAUUCCGAUGAUUGGCAAAUACAGAAAACUAGACAACCCAACGCUUUGAUUGAUAACCUCUCCACUGGUAAAUUGUACGAGUUCCAAGUUGCUGCCCACAAUGAAGCUGGACUUGGACCAUGGGAAUCUAUUGGCCCUGUAACAGUUCGAGAAGUAACAAAUGCUCCAACUGCUGAUAUCAGCUCUCUAUCCAAAGGCAAUGUUAUAAACGUUCGGCAAGGAACACAAUUACAGCUAGAGAUUCCAGUACAUGGAAAACCAAAACCAACUGUAUCUUGGACAAAAGAACGAAUUCCUUUGAAACAAACAGAAAGAGUUAUAUAUGAAACAAUUCAUGAUAACGCAACUCUGAAAAUCAGAAAAGUUGAAAAAUCAGAUGCUGGUCAAUAUUAUUUGAUGUUGGAUAAUUCUUGUGGGAGAAAAGAAGUACCUUUGACUGUUAAUGUAUAUGGUCAUCCAGGAAAGAUUAGUUCUCUGGAUGUUGUUGAAAUCACUGCUGAAAGUGCUGUGCUUAAAUGGUCUCCUCCAGAAGACAAUGGCGGUGCUGAUGUCACAAACUAUAUUGUUGAAAAACAUGACACUGCUGGAACUGGGUGGAUGUCUGUGAGUGCAAGCUGCAGUAGAACGGUCAUCAAAGCCAUCAAGCUUUCUCAAGGCAGAGGAUAUGUAUUCAGAGUAGCUGCUGAAAACAAAUAUGGACUUGGAGAAUUCACAAACUCAGAUGAAAUUGUUGCACAACAUCCUUUCAGAGUACCAAGUACACCACCCCAACCAGAAAUCGAAGAAGUCAAUGCUGACUCCAUGGUCAUCAAUUGGGAUGCUUGCGUUUCUGACGGAGGUUCAGAAAUAACAGCAUACCAUAUUGAAAAGAAGGAGCGAAAUGCUAUCUUGUGGACUAAAGUUUCUUCCAUUACUGCAAAGAAACGGGAAUACAGAGUCCCUGGUUUGACAGAGGGCCUGGAAUACCAAUUCAGAGUCAUUGCAGAAAACAGAGCCGGAUUGAGCGAUCGAAGUGAACCAAGCAAAUUCGAACGAGCCAGAAACAUUGUCAGCCCACCUGGUUGUCCAGACUGGACAGAUAUAACAAGAGAUUCCGUGUCACUGAUAUGGACUCCACCCAAAAAUGACGGAGGAAGCAAGAUUGUUGGAUACAAUGUAGAAAAGAAAUCUGGUGAAGAUGGUCGAUGGUUAAAAUGUAACUACACCAACAUUCAAGUGUGCGAGUUCACAGUAACCGGUCUGAAUACAGGAGAUUCGUAUCAAUUUAGAAUCACAGCUAAGAACGCUGCUGGUACCACAAGCAAGCCUUCAUUGCCAAGUGUUGAAGUUGUCUGUAGAGAUGAUUUCAAACCACCCAAUAUUCAACUGGAUUCUGAAAUCGCUGAUGGACUGACAACAAAAGCUGGUGUAACGCUAAAACUCAAAGCAAUCAUCACUGGAAAACCAGUUCCUAAAGUGACUUGGGCUCAAAAUGGAAAUGAAGUUGUACCUAAUGCACAGAUUGAAAUUGAAUAUGCUAAAGGCAUAGCCACUUUGAUCAUCAAAGAGUGCAAUAGAACAAAUACCGGACAUUACACAAUCACAGCAAAGAAUGCCUGUGCAACAAAGACUAUGGACUUUAAACUUCAAGUUCUUGACAAACCUGGCCUACCCGAAGGCCCUGUCAAGUUUACUUCUCUCACAAAUGAAAAGGUUACACUCUGGUGGGGAUUGUGCAAGGAAACUGGAGGAGCUACUGUUGAAAGUUAUGUGAUCGAGAAAAGAGAAACAAGUCGGCUGAAUUGGGCAUUGAUAUCUGCUAACUGCACUUCAAACAACAUUACUGUUAAUCGCCUCAUCAAGAACCAUGAAUAUCAGUUCAGAAUUUCAGGUCAAAACAAAUAUGGUGUUGGAGAACCUUUGAUUUCUGAGCCUGUAACGGCCAAAGUUUCAUACACUGUUCCAGAUGCCCCUGGACGCCCUGAAUAUUCAACAUCAACUCCUGAUUCUAUCACUAUUUCGUAUGCUCGACCAAAGAGCGAUGGUGGUAAUGAGAUUACAGGAUAUCACAUUGAAAGACGUGAACGAAAAGGCAUGCGAUGGGUGCGAGCAAACAAAAGUCCAGUUACUGAGCUUCGUUACAGGGUUACAGGACUUUCUGAAGGGCACGAAUAUGAAUUCAAAGUCAGUGCUGAAAAUGCUGCUGGACUUAGCAAACACAGUGAGCCAUCAGCCUUGAUCAUGUGCAGAGAACCAAUUGGCACACCUGGUGCGCCUGGCAUUGCCAGAGUCACUGACACCACCAGGACCACUGUUGCAAUAUCUUGGACGCCACCUAAUUAUGAUGGAGGAAGCAAGGUGCUUGGAUACAAUGUCGAAUCUCGAAAGACAACUCAGGGUGAUGAAGUUGAUGAUGAAUGGGUUAGAAUGAACCCAGACACAAUUAAAGGUUGUGAGUACAUUGUACCCAACCUAACUCCGGGAACAGAGUAUAAUUUCAGAGUUAAGGCAGUCAAUGCCGCAGGUGUAGGAGAGGCAACAGAAGUUUCUGGAAAGAUUAUGGCUACUGACAAGCUUGAAGCUCCAGAUUUCCAGAUUGACGCAGACUUCCGCUCGCACUAUGUAGUAAGAGCUGGAAACUCUCUGAGACUUUUCGUCAUAUAUCAUGGACGGCCAAGACCUACAGUGACGUGGACAAAACCAGAUGUUGAGCUACAAGAUCGUGCAGAAAUAACUACCACUGAUUAUUCGACUCUUCUAUUGAUCAGCUCUACUACAAGAGAUGACUCUGGCAAAUAUACAUUGAGACUGGAAAGCAGUGCUGGAGAAAAAGUCAUUCAUUUGACUGUUAAAGUCCUAGAUGCACCAGGACCGGUUGGCCACAUCACUUGCAAAGAAGUUAAUCGUGACUCUGUUACACUUGCUUGGGAUUCUCCUGAAGUUGAUGGCGGUGCCCAUGUCAAGAAUUACAUCAUUGAAAAAAGAGAAGUGUCGCGUAAAAGCUGGCAAACAGUCGCUACUAAAUGUACAAGAAAUACUUACAAGAUAACAAAACUACAAGAAGGACAAACCUAUCUCUUCAGAGUCAUACCAGAAAAUGAGUAUGGUAUUGGAGUACCUAGAGAGACUGAAAAUCCAAUAACUGUAACAGAAGUGCCAGCGAUUCCUUCAAAACUGGACGUGGAACAAGUUACCAAACAUUCAAUUACUGUUUCUUGGGGAAGGCCAGAGUAUGACGGUGGUAGCCGCAUCAGUGCCUACAUCCUUGAAAUUUGUGAAAAAGGAUCUGAUAAGUUCUCCGAGUGUGCAAGAACUAAGGGAACUGUAUUUAGACAUGUUAUUGGAAAUCUUCGCGAAGGUAUCGAAUAUGAAAUUCGUGUGAGAGCCAAGAAUGAAGCUGGAUUAAGUGAACCUAGAGAAGCAUUCUCAUCGAUUAUAACAAAAGAUGAACGAAUUGCACCUGAAGCUGAUUUACGAGGCAUUUAUCACAAAACAAUUUCAGUAAAAUCUGGCUCUACAAUUAAAGCUGAUAUUCCAAUUAUUGGCAAGCCAACUCCUGAAGUGACCUGGACUGUUGCUGGGAUCAAAUUAAAAGAAAGUGAUAGAGUUGCAAUGUCAACUACUAUUGACAACACAACAUUAACAAUCAGGAAUGCAAAGAAAUCCGAUGCUGGAGAUUAUGAACUCAAACUUUCUAAUAGCUCGGGUGAACAAAAACACAAAAUACAAGUAGUUGUUCUAGACAAACCUGGUUCUCCAAUGGGACCUAUCGAGUUUUCUGAAGUAUCUGCAGAUUCCAUUACAAUAUCUUGGAAACCACCACAAGAAACUGGUGGAAGUGAAAUCACCAACUAUGUUGUUGACUACAGAGAGUUUGGACGUGCUACUUGGUCACAAGUAUCUGCGUGCACAACAAGAACUACAAUCAAGGUUGGAAAACUGGCACGUCAUACUGACUACCAAUUCCGUGUAAUGGCUGAAAGCAGAUUCGGACUUGGUGAACCUCUGGUGUCAGAGAUCUGCCGUGCUGACUUCCAAUGCACUGUUCCGAAACAACCAGGAACACCCAAGGUUACCAGUGUUACCAAAGAUACUGCAACCAUAUCUUGGGAUGAACCAGUCCAUGAUGGUGGAAGUCCAGUUACUGGUUAUUAUGUUGAGAAAAAAGAAAAGAACUCCAUUUUGUGGCAGAAGGAAAAUGAGAAACCAACUAAAAAUAUGACAUAUACAAUCAAAGGUCUCUUGGAAGGAUUAGAAUAUCAGUUCAGAGUACAGGCUGAAAAUGCUGCUGGCUUGAGCAAUUACAGCGAUGUGAGCAAACCUGUCCAAGCCAUUAGUUUGGUUGGCCCUCCAGAACAAGUAGAGGUUACAGAUAUGUCUAGAAACUCUAUCACUCUAUCCUGGCAACCUCCAAUCGCAGAUGGAGGAAGCAAAAUUGCAUCAUACACUGUUGAAAGGCGACAUGUUCCAGAUGGUCGUUGGUUGAAAUGCAAUUUCACAAAUGUCACUGACUGCAGCUUUGAAGUAAGCGGACUUACACCAAAUGAGUCCUACGAAUUUAGAGUGAUUGCAAAGAACUCUGUAGGAACUAUCGGACAACCUUCAGAUAUAUUGGGACCAGUCGUUUGCAAACCAUCGUACAAACCACCUAUCAUAGAACUAGACAGCAAACUUGUCUCAGAAGUUGUGCAAAUUCGUGCUGGAAGUAACUUCAAAUUGGAAGCAGAGAUUCGUGGAAAGCCAGAGCCAAAUGUAUUCUGGUACAAAGGAGAGACUGAACUGGAAAGCUCUGAUCAUGUAAAUGUUAUAUCUCAACCUGGUAUGACUGGACUCAAUAUCAGAGAUUGCAACAGAUCAGAUACUGCAAAGUAUAGCUUAAUGUUAAGAAAUGAAUGUGGCGAAAAGAAAGUUACUAUAAACGUCAAAGUGUUGGAUACUCCUGGGCAGCCUAAAGGACCAAUACAAUUCAGCCGAGUUACAAGUGAAAAAUGCAAUAUUGCAUGGGAAAGGCCAGAAGAAGAUGGCGGUGCUGAAAUAACACAUUAUGUUGUCGAAAAGAGAGAAACAUCUCGAUUGAGUUGGGUUUCUGCCUAUGAAUGCAUUGAACAUACUAGCUGCACUGUAACCAAGUUGAUUGCCAACAAUGAAUAUAUUUUCCGUGUAUCAGCAGUCAACAAAUAUGGAAAAGGACCAGCACUUGAAUCAUCGCCCCUAAUAGCGAAGAAUCAAUUUGGUGUUCCGUCUGCACCAGGCAAACCUGAAGUUGUUGCAACAACCAGGGAUUCACUCACUGUUGCAUGGGAAAGGCCCGCAACUGAUGGGGGAUCAGAAAUUGUCAACUAUGUCGUUGAAAAGCGCGAAAAGCAAGGCUUCAGAUGGUUAAGAUGCAACAAGGACCAAAAUGUCACUGACCUUCGUUAUCGCAUUUCUAAACUCCGUUAUCAGUCUGAAUGGGAAUUCCGUGUCUGUGCUGAAAAUGCCGCAGGCGCAGGACCAUUCAGUGAAUCAAGCAACAUUGCAAAGGUCCAAGAUCCUACUUUCCCACCAGCUCCACCUGCUAACUGCAGAGUUGUAGAUACAACAAGAUCCAGUGUCUCUUUGGCAUGGAAUCUACCACUGUACGAUGGGGGAUGCGAUAUUGUUGGAUACAUAGUGGAAAUGGCUGAAUGUAUUCCUGACCAAGAUGAAGAAUGGCAACAGGUACAUAAAUCGAGCUAUAUCAAAGCCAAGGAAUUCACUGUUACUGGAUUGAAGGAAGGACAUGAAUACAUUUUCCGCGUCUUUUCUGUGAACACUAUGGCACGAAGUGAAACUGCAGCUAAGAUUUCUGAAGCAAUCAGGGCCAAAGAAGUUCAGGAAGAACCUUCAUUGACUAUUGAUGACAGUCUUAGAAGAACAGUGACUGUUCGAGCUGGAAAACCACUCAGACUUUACGUUCUGGUGUCUGGACGACCAGCACCCGCUGUAUCAUGGUCAAAGGUUCCCAAUGGAGAGAAUCUACUCACACAUGCAAUCAUCGAUACCCACGAGGCCGCAUCCAAACUCGAAAUUGAAAAGACUGAUCGAUAUGAUGCUGGAAAAUACACAAUUUCAGUAGAAAAUGAAUCUGGCACAAAGGAAGCUACAAUCAGUGUCAAAGUUUAUGAUUCUCCUGGUGCACCAGCUUCUGUUAGAGUUCGUGAAGUCACCAGGAAUUCAGUCACUGUGGCAUGGGAACCUCCAGAAGUUGAUGGUGGAAGUGCAGUACGAAACUAUCUUGUACAGAAACGUGAAGCCACAAGGCAGGCAUGGAACACAGUGGUGACCAAAUGCUCUAAGAUGAGUUAUAAGGUUACAGGCUUGCAGGAAGGAUCAAUGUAUUACUUCCGUGUUCUUGCUGAAAAUGAAUAUGGUGUCGGCGAAGGCAGAGAAACAGAAGAAGCAAUCAAAGUUUCUGAGCAACCUUCUGCCCCCGAAUCUAUUGAGGCAACUGAAAUUACAAAAUCAACAGUUUCAUUGGCAUGGAAGCCACCAUUACAAGAUGGCGGAUCAAAAGUUCAAGGAUACCAAGUUGAAAUGAUGGAAAAAGGUUCAGACAAAUGGAUCACUGUUCAUACAACUAAAGAUCUUCGACACACUAUCAAGGGUUUGAAAGAAGGACAGGAUUACUAUUUCAGAGUCCGUGCAAAGAACGAAACUGGUUUUGGUGAACCAAAAGAUUUGUUUUCAUCUAUUACAGUCAAAGAACAGCUUGCUGAACCAAGCAUCAAGCUUACAGAAUCUACUCAGAAAACUGUGACAGUAAAAGCUGGUCAACCCAUCAAACUAAACCUAGAAAUAUCUGGACUACCAGUGCCAGAUGUCACAUGGACCAAGGAUAAAGAUGAGAUAAGAGAGGAUCUGCACAGAACAACAAUUCAAACCACACCCACAACUGCGUCUCUUGAAAUAAGAGAAUCCACAGUUGAGGACAGAGGAGAAUAUAGAAUUACUCUCAGCAACUCAUCUGGAUCUUGCACACAGCUAAUCCAAGUGGUUAUCCUUGAUGUUCCAUUGUCUCCUGACGGGCCUGUAAUAUCAUCUGAUGUGACUUCCAACUCAGUUACACUUCAGUGGAGACCGCCACAAUAUGAUGGUGGUGCUGCAAUCAGUAACUAUGUUAUUGAGAAACGUGAACUUCAUAGACCAAACUGGAUCAUUGUCAGUGAUACAGUAACAAGAACGACUAUGAAGAUUACAAAACUCAUUGAAGAUGCAGAAUACACUUUCCGUAUCUUUGCUCAAAACAGAAUUGGAAUCAGCAAGCCUUUAGUAACAGAACAAAUUGUUGCCGAAAGCAAAUACAGCUUACCAGGUCCUCCAAGCACACCGCAAGUGUCUUCAGUUAUGAAAGAUUCUGCAACUGUUACUUGGAACGAACCAGUCAACACAGGAGGAACUGAAAUUACUGGAUAUAUUGUUGAAAAGAAGGAAAGUAAGGGACCACGCUGGAUUAAAGCCACAAGAAAUCCAAUCACCCAAUGUAGAUUCAUUUGCAGUGGAUUGAUUGAAGGAGUUGAAUAUGUCUUCCGUGUAUAUGCGAUUAAUGCCAGAGGGGAAGGAAAACCCAGUGAGGAAUCUGCACCUGCACUUUGCCAAGAACCAGUCGCUCCACCGAGUGCUCCUUUGAAUCCUCGUGUCAUCGACAUUACAAAAACCACACUUUCUGUCGCUUGGGACAAACCAGAAUAUGAGGGAGGAUCAAAACUAUUGGGAUACUUUGUUGAAACUCGAAAGGAUGGAUCAUGGUGGGAGCGAUGCAACACCAACCCAAUUCGUAUCAAUGAAUUCACCAUGAAAGGACUGAAUGAAGGAGGGGAAUACUAUCUUCGAGUACUUGCUUGCAAUGCUGGAGGAGUGGGAGAACCUGCUGAAGUUGAGAGACAUAUUGUCAUCAAAGACCAAACUGGACCGCCCGAAUUCCUGCUGGAUGAAGAGCUCAUAAAAGAUGGUUUGACUGUAAAACAAGGUGGAAUGAUCAACUUGGUUGUAAAAUUCAAAGGCAGACCUCCACCACAAGUAACUUGGAGUAAAACUGGUACAGACUUGAAAAUGCGAGGAAUGAUCGCAAUACACUCUGACUCAAGUGAGCUUGUAAUCAAGGGUGUUGAUCGACGUGACAGUGGAGACUAUAAAAUCAAACUUUCAAACAAAUUUGGGGACUGCGAUAUUUCUAUCCCUGUUAAAGUGAUAGGUCACUGCGAUGCACCAGAAGGUCCAAUGCAAUUUGGCGACCUGGAAGCUACAUCAGUCACUGUUGUAUGGAAAGCUGUUCUCAAUGAUGGUGGAAGUCCAGUCACAAACUAUGUGGUUGAACGCAGAGAAGUAGGAAAAACAGCUUGGUUUACUGUUGAUGCUAAAGUAAAAACUACCAGCUGUGUUGUUAGAGGCCUCACAGAAGGUGUUGGAUACUUCUUCAGAGUUUAUGGUGAAAAUGCAUAUGGAUUGAGUCCACCACUCGAAUCUCAAGAAGCAAUUGUGCCCAAAAAUCCACUAUUCCCUCCACAGCCACCACAGCUUGUUGAGGUGAAUGAAGUCACCAAGAGCCAUAUAUGUCUCAGUUGGACAAGAUGUAGGGAUGAUGGUGGAUCUCAUGUAACUGGAUAUUACAUUGAAAGAAAGGAAUCUUCUUCUGACAGAUGGGUCAGAGUCAACAAAGUUCUCACAAAGAAUUUGGCUUACACAGUACAGGGACUUGUUGCUGAUGCUGAAUAUCAAUUCCGAGUGAUUAGUGUAAACGACGUUGGAGAAGGGGAACCUUCGAAGCCUACUGAGAGCAUCAUCUGCAAAGAUCCGUUUGAUGUUCCAUCGCCACCACAGAAUGUAGAGGUCCAUCAUGCUACCAAAGAUUCUAUAACUAUUGUAUGGCAAAAACCAGAUUAUGAUGGCGGCAAAGAUAUCUUGGGAUACGCUGUUGAAUGCAGAGAAUUUGGAAUGACCAUCUGGAAAAAGUGCCAUGAUGAUAUCAUUAGAGAUAGAAUAUAUCAAGUUGGUGGUUUGAAUGAAGGAACAGAGUAUGAAUUCAGGGUCCGUGCAAUCAAUGAACAUGGUACUUCAAGACCGAAGAUGCUAGAGCUUCCAACAUCUACAAGAAAAUCUACUGGAGAACCGCCAAAGAUUGUUCAAGAACUAAAACCAGUUGUUGGUUCAGUGGGAGGCAAAGCUACUCUCGCAUGCAGUGUUUCUGGACGACCAAUGCCAGAUAUAAUCUGGACCAGAUUUGGCAAGGAAAUCAAGAGCGGAAGAAAGUACAAAAUGAACUACGAGGGACAAGUUAAUACUUUAACCAUCAACGAUCUCAAGUUUGAUGAUGAAGGGUCCUAUUCACUCAAUGCUCAAAACAAUGUGGGUAGUGCUGAUACUGAAGGAAGACUUCAAGUAGAAGGUGCACCAGUUUUGGAUGAAUGUCAUACUCGAUUUAAAGACCACAUAUAUGGCAAGAGUGGUCAAAUCCUGAGAGUCCACUUUCCAUACCGUGGUAGUCCACAAGCUCAGGUACUCUGGACUAAAGAUGGACGACGAAUGGAUAAGAGUGAUAGACAUGAAGUUGAAACUACAGACUCUUACUCUCACAUGGUAAUUCCUGUUGCGGACAGACAGAAAGACUCUGGCAAGUAUUCUGUACAGCUUACAAACAAACAUGGGCAAAACACAUACCCAAUACACGUUGAUGUACUGGAUGUGCCGUCAAAACCAAAAGAUUUCGAAGUUGUUGGUGUGACAUACAGCAGUAUGGUACUUGCCUGGAAAGAACCCGAGGAUGAUGGUGGAGCACCAGUCUCUAACUACAUUAUAGAAAAGAGGGAAAUCAAGGAAGAACCGGACAAAUGGUCACUGGUCACUUCAAGGACUGCUCAAACAACAUACAAGGUUGAAGGCCUUAUUGAAAAGUGUGCAUACUAUUUCCGCAUUUCUGCUGAGAACUGUUAUGGUAUAUCACAACCUCUGGAGACUGACACACCCAUAGCAGCUAUUCCAACACAUGAUGUUCCUAAAGCCCCAACUGGUCUUGCGGUUUCUGGUGUUACAAAAGAAGGUUGCAUGCUGUCAUGGAAACAGCCUAAAUCAGAAGAUGGAAGCAGAAUCACUAAUUUCAUUAUUGAGAAACGUGAUAAUAAGAGCAAUAUCUGGAGACAGGCAACCAAAGAAACUGUCACACAAUCUGUUUACUCUGUUACUGGAUUGGUUGAAGGACUGAGAUAUGAGUUCAGAAUUACAGCUGAAAAUCCUGCUGGAAAAUCAGAACCAUCUGAGAUAUCAGAACCAAUCGUAACUAAAGACAACGUGCAACUAGCUGGACCACGAUUUGUUCAAGACAUUCGUGACAUUGUUGCAAAACCAGGACAAAAUAUCACUUUUGCUUGCAAGAUUAGUGGCCAACCUAAACCAAUUGUCAAAUGGUACCAGGGUGGUCGUGAAGUUUCUGGAGACAAGAAAUAUCAAAUUGUCUAUGGCAAAGGAAACAAUUUCACCUUCACUAUAUUCAAAGUCACUAACGAUGAUGAAGGACCGUACACAGUUCGUGCUACCAAUCAAGGAGGAUCUAUUUCCUGCACUGCUAACUUGACUGUGCAACAGCCAGCCAAAGUUAAAUUGCCAAACUACAUGUGUAACGAAGCAACGGUAUGCAAAGUGCAUGAGGUUGUCAGUAUUAAAGUUCCAAUUGAAGGAAGACCAACUCCUGACAUUACUUGGUCAAAAUCAGGAAAACCUAUUUUCCCUGAUGCAACAUGCAAGAUAUUGUCAACCUCCUCCUCCACUACACUGAUGAUUACUGAUGCUAAGAGGACCGAUUCUGGAUUCUACAACAUUACUGUGAAAAAUCGAUUUGGAACUGAUCAAGACACUGUAGAACUCCUUGUUGGAGAUGUACCAUCGUGUCCACUAGAUGUCAAAACCAGCAACGUAUCAAGAGAUUCUGUCGACCUUUCUUGGUCAGAACCAGCAGAUGAUGGCGGAAAAUUCAUUCUCAAAUAUAUUGUUGAAAGAUCAACUGUAUCAAGUGAAAGCUGGAUGAAGGUCUCUUCCUCGAGCACAAGCCGAUAUACUGUUGGUAACCUAUCAAGUGGAACAAGUUACAUCUUCCGGGUGAGAGCAGAGAACGAAUACGGUCAAAGUCUACCAUCAGUUCCAUCUGAACCAAUAACUACAAAAGAUGAUCGAAUGCAAGCCGCUAACUAUGAUGAAAUGGUCAACACGUUGGAGAAAUUUACACCAUAUGAACCACAGAUGAAUGUGGAUUCGAAUCUGCUUGACAAAUAUCAAAUCAUGGAAGAAUUGGGUAGAGGAACAUUUGGAGUUGUACACAGAGCUAAAGAAAUUGCAACUGGCAAAAUCUGGGCUGCAAAACUUAUCAAAGUAGUCGACGAAUCAGACAAAGUUCCUCUCAGAAGAGAAGUUGAAAUUAUGAGGAGGCUUCAACAUCCCAAGAUACUGCAAUUACACGAAGUAUUUGACAACAAACGUGAAAUGGCUAUGAUCAUUCAAUUUGUCUCUGGAGGUGAUCUCUUUGAGCGAAUCAUCAACUUGAGAUUUGACUUGACUGAGAACAUCGCAGCAUACUUUGUAAAACAGAUUUGCGAGGCGAUGACAUACAUGCACUCACAAAAUAUUGCUCAUCUUGACAUCAAACCAGAGAAUGUCCUUUUUGUUACUCAAAAAAGUAAAAAAUUGAAAAUUAUCGACUUUGGGGUCUCAAGAGAACUAAAACCUGGCGAAGGUCUCAGAAUCGCAUUUGGAACACCAGAUUUCUGUGCCCCUGAAGUUGUUCUCAAUGACACAGUCGGAAAGCCAACUGAUAUGUGGUCUCUGGGAUCACUGACAUAUGCAUUGCUUACUGGUAUAAGUCCAUUCCGAGGUCAAAAUGACCAGGAAACAUUGAAGAAUGUUGCGGAAGCUGACUGGAACUUCGAUCAUGAAGAAUGGAAAGAUAUUUCUGAUGAUGCUCUGGACUUCAUAGACAGGCUGCUUGUCCGUGACAAGCGUGAACGAAUGACUGCCAGUGAUGCUCUGGAACAUCCAUGGUUAAGACCUCUCCAUCUAGGAAUUGAUGAUUGGUUGAUAACAAAACGAUCACAGAUUAUUCCUACUCAACUGCACAGGAAACUUUACCAGUCUAUUCGCCAGAAGGAAACUUCUACUGUGAUCAUAUCACUUGGCCGAUUCGCUGAAGGCGGAGCAUUGAGGUCAUCGAAAGGCAAAUCAAUUGCCAAAGUGAAGGUUGAACCUAUUGUUCUCACUCCUAAACUUUGUCCAAUGUAUCAUGUAUUUGUGAAAGAAGGAGAUGAUGCCAAGGUUGUCUGCAGAAUAAAAGAACCAACUCACCAAGAGUCUGUCGCAUGGUACAAAGACGAACUCAAACUUGAGGAAGGCGAAAAAUACGAGUUUGCUUACGAUCAGCACACCGGUUCUUGCGCUCUUUAUGUAAAGGGAGUUGUCAAAUCUGAUGACGGAACUUACAAAUGCAAGGUCGAAAAUGAUUUCGGAGCUUCAACCCAGCAAUGUGAACUGAGUGUUGAGUUAAGAAAUGGUGUUUGGACCAGGCCACGUCGAAAUAUCUAUCUUGUUCGACGUAAGAGACUGAGUCGGCGUGCUGCAGCAACAGCAAACAGAGUUCAGCGUUUCCCUCCUGAGUUCACACUGCCGCUGUACAACCGAUCUGUUUAUAUCGGAGAAAGUGCAACAUACACUGCAACUGUGACGGUCCAUCCUGCACCAGAAAUAACUUGGUAUCACAAAGGACAGAAGAUUAUUUUUGGACUUGAUGAAACGAAAUACAUUGAGACUAAAGAAAAAGGACUUUACGCUAUUGAUAUCUGUGAUUGUAACGAAGAAGACAGUGGUGAUGUUAUGGUUGUCGCUAAGAACGAUUAUGGAGAAGACUCAUGCAAAGCUGGUUUGUCAGUCAAACCUAAACCUGCAAAAGAAGAUCUCAGCGUUCGACCAAUGUUCAGAAGACUUCUUGCCAACCAGGAAGUAGAUGAAGGAGAUUAUGCCAGAUUCGAUAUCAGGGUUGCUGGAUUCCCCAAGCCGACCAUUCAAUGGGAGAAAGAUGCCAAGCCAAUACAAACUGAUCAUCAUCAUGACAUAGUUUGGGAAAAUGAGCAUUCUUGCUAUUUACUUAUCCGUGACACUUUCCAACAAGACAGUGGCAUGUACAAAGUCACUGCAACAAAUUCUGCCGGAGCUGCAAGUUGCCAAGCUACAUUGAAGGUUAAGCCAAUGACCUACAAAAAGCGACCAAAACCAAAAGUUGACGCUGAUUUGUUUGCCAGACAAAAGGCAUAUCAACUUGCUGACAAGAUCAGUGUCCUCAGUAGUGACAGCAUGGAUGUACAUUUAACUGGUAAAGCAAAAGAAGCAUUGAUGACUGCAUCUGCUCAGGCUACAAUAAUGGGAACAGAAGAUUUCAGUGAACAAGAAGUAGAAAAGACAAGAACACAGAGAAAGAAAGAGGAGCUCGCACUUAGAAUGCCCUACACUAUUCCUGAACCAGUCAAACAUGCGAAAGAUUCUACCAAAGAGAACCUAAAAUUGAAGAGCUAUGUGCCAUUCAGUGACUUCAAGUGGUACAAAAAGGUUCAGUCAGCCAAUGAGCAAUACUAUCCGAAAGCAAUUGAAACAGAACCUCAUCAUAGAUACAGAUUGAAACGUCAGUUCAUACCAGACACUGCAUACGUCAUUCCUGACAGUAGGAUUGGUUUGAAACGAUCAAAACCUUUCACCUCAGUCGAUGACAUUAUUGUGGACGACAGGGAAUAUAAAUCGGAAGAUGAAUUCCUGGAAGUCACUGAUGAAAGUGAAUUUGACUUCAGAAGAAAGAAACUUAGAUCACUCACUCCACCUCCAAGACGAUUCUCUCCUCAGCCAUUCAAGCCACCAGCUUGGAAGCAGUAUUAUUUCCCAAUGGCAGAUGAUAAUGCGUGCUUGCAGCCAAUUGAUCAAUAUCUCAGUCAGAAGAGCACUGCCGAUUUCAUGCAUAAGACUGAAGUUCGAGAAGCAACAGGGGAAGAUGAAUAUUUGAGUUAUGCAGACUUCUUGAAAGAAAGAAGACUACGUGAAGCUCAAGAACCACUACCAGUUGUUGAAAAAGAAGACAUUGUUACUUCUAAACUGGAAAAAUACAAAAUUCCACAAAAACAUUUGGAAUAUGGACUUUCAUAUAGAGAACUUAGAGAAAAGCACGACUCUGCUCUUACUAAGAAAACCUUUGAACCCAAGGAAAUCGCAUCCAAACGAGCAGAUUCGGAAGAUGAAUUGCUGCGUCCAAUUGCAUUGAGUACUUGGGGAUAUGAAGGAAUUGACACGACUAAGACGACAAAGGAGGAUAUCACUUCUACAACUACUAAAAAGUCGACUGAGAGAAAGCGAUAUGACUCUGAAUCUUCAAUCUCUUCUUCUGAUGAUGAAACUGUCCCAACAUCGAUCAAAAAAAGGCGUGCCAGAAAAUCGAGAAGAAUUCGCGAAGAAAAGGCUGCUCUGGAGUUUGAGCUUGAGUACCAAAAAGAAAUGGCAGCUUUGGCUAAAAAGAAAACAGCCCGUAGACGCUCACCAACUCCAGAAAAGAAAAUACAGCGACGAAGAUCUUGGGAGUAUGAAGAGCUUACAAGACCCAUCUCUGAGAUUGUUGUGACACGUAGAAGAGCUCGUCCACCACCCCCAUCAUCCUCUGAAAGUAGCAGUGAUGAAGAAGAGCGUUACAGACAACAAAGAAGAUCUAGAAAGACUCGACGAACAUAUGAAGAAUAUGAAGAGGAUCUUUCCUCAGGAAUUGAAUUCACAAGUUCAAGAUAUUCAGCAAGAGCAGAUCUGACUUCUGCGCUUCCUCCAUCAAUGGGAUAUGAACCUAAAUUCCAACUUAGACUCAGAUCCCAUGUUGUACCUUCUGGUAUGAAUACUAAGUUCACUGCAUCAGUUCGUGGCAAACCUGAGCCAAGAAUAAUCUGGUACAAAAAUGGUGUUGAAAUUACAGACGGUGGAGUGAAAUACAAGACCAGCAAUGUUGGAGGUGUUAUAUCACUCGAGAUUCGCAACUGCCAUGAAGCGGACUCUGGAACAUACAGAUGUCUUGCAAGAAAUCUCAAUGGAGAAGCAUCAGAUCAUGCAACACUUGAAGUAACUGGGUCUGAAUUUGAAUCCUCAGCUGCUAGACGUGGAGUAGAAAGCUUCCAUAUGACAAUGGAAAUGGGAGACGCUAGAGCUUCAUUGAGAUCACGCACUGAAGGAGCAAAGUCGGCCUUUUCUGAUGUUUCAUUUUCAUCAAGAUAUUCUGAUUCAUAUGGACAACGAAGAUCCGGCACACCAUCAGUUGGUGCACCUUACUUUGUCCUGCGACCAAAGGAUAGACAUGUAGUUGAAGGCGAUGAUGUAAAGUUUAUUGCUGAAUGUGAAGGAAAGCCAUUGCCAAAAGUGACUUGGUAUUUGGAUGGAAGACCGCUUCACACAACGGAUCACUACAUUGUUGGAUCGUCUCGGUCAAAGAGAACUCUUGAAAUUCUUAACUGCCGAAUAACAGAUGGCGGAAUAUACAGAUGUGUUGCAGAAUCAAGUCGUGGAGAGGAAUAUUGUGAUUUUACUUUAGAUGUUGCUACUCGCUCAAGGUCUACUAUACAGAGCUCUGUUUUUGAAAGCAGGGACUCUGGUUCAAUUCCAUCCGGAAGAGGACCAACCAUUAUCAAUCCACUUCACAUUGAGUUGAGAUUGGAUGGAACUGUUAGAUUUGAAUGCAGUGCCACCAGAUCGCUCGAUGUGAAAGAAGUAAUAUGGAGACGAAGUGGAGUCACAAUAAGGGAGGACGGCCGUAUAACUAAAGAAUCUCUUGGUGCGUCCUACGCCCUUAUCAUUCAAGAUUUGUGCGAAGACGAUGUUGGCACAUACGAAUGUGAAAUUGUCGGCUCACUGGGAUCUUCAACAACCAGCUAUUCUCUAACAAGAGAUGCUUAUAAUAGCAUGUCUAAUAAGAUUUCUAGAUUAUCUGGAAAGUCCAGCUCGAAGCAACAGUAUGAAAGCUUCUCGGCAACGAAGAAAUUUUCAUCUGUUACUUUCACCAAACGAGACUUAUAUUCAAAACAUUCAUCGGCUUAUGACACUUACGGAUCGGCGUCGGGUGGAACUCCUAAAAUUCAAGGUAUGCCAGCAGAUGUCAAAAUCACCGUUGGAAAAGUACUCACUCUGACUUCAUCACUAAGUGGACAGGCACCAUGUCGGGCUACUUGGCACCAUGAUGGAAUGUUGAUCAGAGAUGGCGCUGAUGGUGGAAGAAUCCGCGUCGAAAGUUCCGAACGAGCAACAACAUUGACAAUUCUUGGUGCAAAACCAAGCGACGCUGGAAACUACAGACUAACUUGUUCUAAUGCUGUUGGAUCGGAUACGUCGGAUGUUUACGUCAGCGUAUCUGGUUAAACGCUACAAUAAUGAAACUUUUUUUAUCUUGGAUCGGAACCUAUUUAUGAUUCUUCUUCUACUUGGACAAAACCUAUUUUCUAAUCGUAUCAGCGAAUUUUUGUUGAUUUGACUGGAAUUGACUUUUUAUCGUAUUUUGAUAACUUCAAACAAGAUAUUACAUUAUAUUUAUAUUUUAUAAAACGAACGGACUGUACGCCGGUAGAAACUGGACUAUUUUAAACGAAAUAUCGAUUGAUAUUUUAACGUCGAAGCAUCAAGCUAUCGGAUUGUGGACGCAAUUCUAAUAUUGUAUUUCUAUACUUAUUGACAAACGAAAAAUAGUAUGAGAUCAAUUCUCCUUACCUGACCGUGGAAAGAUUUUAUCGAAGUGACUCUUUUUAUCUAUCACGGCAAAUUUAAUAAAUGUCUGCCGAGUCUAAAUAUUUCGCGACCAAAUGGAUUAAUUGUUUUGAUCGACGAUUUUUACAUGCGGAAAUGCGUUAUAAUUCGAUUUUGGAAACGAACGGACAUUUUAUUAUGAUCUGAAAUUUUAGUGACCUGAUGUGUGAUUUUAUUAUCUAUUAUAUAAUCAGAACAUCGAUCUUGAAUGGCAACUUAUUUUACUAUGAUCUGAAAUCAAUUUAUGUCGGAUAUUUCAAUAUUGUAUGACUAUUUCAAUCCAUGUUAGCCAUGUAAUCAUAAAAGUACGACUAUGGCAAAGAAAACUGGCUUUACACAAUUUCAACAAUAGAAUUUAUGUUGGAUAUUUCUAUAUUGUAUGACUAUUUCAAUCCAUGUUAGCCAUGUAAUCAUAAAAGUACGACUAUGGCAAAGAAAACUGGCUUUACACAAUUCUAAAGAUAGAAUUUGUCGGAUAUUUCAAUAUUGUAUGACUAUUUUUAUCAAUGUUAGCAAUGUAAUUAUAGAAGUACGACUAUGGCAAUGAAAACGGACUUUACACAAUUUCAACAGUAGAAUUUAUGUCGGAUAUUUCUAUAUUGUAUGACUAUUUCAAUCAAUGUUUGCCAUGUAAUUACAAAAGUACGACUGUGGCAAUAAAAACUGGCUUUACAAAAUUUUCAACAAUAGAAUUUAUGUUGGAUAUUUCUAUAUUGUAUGACUAUUUCUAUCAAUGUUUACCAUGUAUUUAUAAAAGUACGACUGUGACAAUGAAAACUGACUUACACAAAUUCAACAAUAGAAUUUAUGUUGGAUACUUCUAUAUUGCGUGACUAUUUCAAUCAAUAGUAGCUAUGAAAAUGUACGUUAACCGUACUUAUGACGUUGAAAAGUAUUUUGAUAAUUAUGUCAAAACUGUUUAUUUAUCCAGUGAGAAAACUGGGACUCAUUUCUUGCCAUAUGAAAAUAUGAAAUACCCACAUUUUAUAGAAAAUUCAGUGCCUAUAUAUUACAGAUUUUGUAAAAUACAAAUUUUAUCAACUCAUGCUCGCAAAUCUUGUGAGUUAUUUUAAAUCAUGUAUAAAUAUUUUAUCAUGCAUGGCUCUCCUCAACGGAGACGCCGAUUGUGCCUUUUCAAAUAUGAAAUAUGCAACUUCAUUACUACAACAUCAUUUUUACAAUUAUGACAAUUACAAUCUGCGGUACUUUCGGUGCCUUUGAUUGUAUCAUUCAUGAAGAUGAGUCGCCCCACCACUCCGUGGCUGGAGGCUGUGAAAACUUAUACUGCAUAAAAGUGGAUUUUCAUCCCUUUUAGCAUCUAUUUUAUACCAAUACCAGUGUUCUUUCCCGCGAUUUCGAUCGCCCAAACCACUUGACGAUUCAAAAGCAUACUCGCACUUGAUCUGCGAAGUUAGACUGGUUAUUUCAAUGUUGCUACCAUCAGCUGUUGCUACCUCACCAAUAUUGCAACGCGCAUUGAAAUACUUUGCCUAACAUCGAGCAGUGCGGUAUAUUUGCAUGUUUGUUUUAUAUGUAUUUAUUGAUAUUUAACCCUGUGUGUGUGUUUUAUUCUGUAUUUCGCUGAAUAGUUUUUAUGUUAGAUUCACUUAGUUAAAUGAAUAGUUCAUGAAUUGCGUUUCCACAUUAUCCGUUAAUAAAAAGUUCACUUUUA